UCGUGGAAGGCCGUGUUCGUUUUCCGCGGCGGCAUCGGCCGGCAAUUCGCAUUCGACCGACGUCUUGGUUUAAAGAGUCUCGGGGACAAGACUUUUUGAUGAUGACUUGACUUCUGCCGACUGGAGUGAGCCGCGGCCUCAUAAGGGCAGCAUAAACGUUCAAUUACACGAAUCGUACGAGAACGUAGAAUAAUCGUAGAACGAUAGAUCCCGUUGAAAGAAGAAUCGAAUUUUGCCUACUUAGCAGCCGAAUACGGAAGAGGAUUUAUCAGUUCAAUUCGGAUCAAGUUAAUCACGAGUGACACGACCUCUUGUUUUCGGUUUUCAUUCAGUUUUCUUUUGCGCUUAUCCGCUUGUAUUUUUCGGGUUGUUGUUGAGUGCCCAGUGAAGGGAAAGUUUUUACGACUCGGGUGAGAACAAGGAGUAAAGUACGGGGGCGAGAUUUAAAUCAAGCCCAUCCGCACACCGAUUUUGUGACCACGAAGAAUUCCACAGUAACGAUCGAUCUAAACGACUUGGAUUACCUCGAGUGAUCCAAGAUGAAGCGACAACCGCCUCAGCAGCAGCAGCAACAGCAGCAGCAACAGACUAGCAUGCAACAGCAACAGCAACAGCAAACGGUCAUGCAGCAACAGCAGCAAUACACUCAACAGAGGACCGAGCGACAGGUCACUCGACAGCAGAUCACCAGUCAGCAGAGAGUUCAAGGGGAGAUUGUGAUGCAGACAACGCCCACGGUACCAACAUUUACCGGCAGACCCGGUGAUCCAUCGCCGCCGGUCUUCGAACAGAUCUUCAAGAACGCCAGAUUCGCGCAGGGUGGGAACGCGAUUUUCGAGGGUCGCGUCCGAGGUAACCCGAAACCGAACGUGUCCUGGACGCACAAGGGUGCACCGUUGUUGGAAUCAUGGAAAUUUCGAAUGUCCUACGACGACAAGACCGGCGCAGUCACGCUUCAGAUAAAUCAAAUCGGCCCCGGAGACGAGGGGGAAUACACGUGCAGUGCUAAAAAUCAGUAUGGCGAAGCGAUCUGCUCCGUUUACAUCCAACCAGAGGGAUUCGGGCCACCACCGCAACAACAAUUGGGAGGUUUCAAAAAGGAAUAUGCGCAGUCUUUUCAGUCCACUGAGCAGAAGAGCCAAACAGGAACUCAAAGUUUCCAACAACGUAGUUAUCAACAAACAAUCGAUAAACGAAGUUACGUUAACGGAACAUCGACCAGCAUCGAAGACUUCAAGGUGGACACCUUCGAAUACAGACUGUUGCGCGAAACCGAAUAUCGAGAGUCGAUUACGCGCCGCUUCGUGGGCGAAUCCGACGCGCAGAUUUCGACGACGGUAGACCGUAGCCUGGGACCGGUCGCACCUCCGCAAAUCACACAGAAACCGAGAAGCUCGAAGCUCGUCGAGGGAUCCGAUGCCGUUUUCACUGCGAAGAUCUCGGGUAACCCAAAACCAAGAUUGACUUGGUUCAAAAACGGUCAGAGGAUCCGCGAUUCUCAACGCGUGGAGACGAGCUACUCGAAUCAGCAAGCCACCCUGAAAAUCCGAAUGGCUUUGCCGGAGGACAGCGGAAAUUAUACCCUACUCUCUGAGAACCCUCAAGGCUGCACCGUCAGCUCCGCGUAUUUGGCGAUCGAGUCUACCGAUCAGGUAGAUCAAGCUUAUCAGACUCAGCGGGAGACGGUCAAACCGCAACAAGUAGAAACAACUGGCGAUGAAUCUGGAAAGGUUCUACCACCGAAUUUCGUUCGCACAUGCACCGACCGCGAUGCCACCGAAGGAAAAAUGACUAGGUUUGAUUGUCGCGUGACGGGUCGCCCGUACCCAGAGGUGACGUGGUACAUAAACGGACAGCAAGUGGCCAACGACCUGACCCACAAGAUCCUCGUGAACGAAUCCGGGAACAACUCGUUGAUGAUCACGAACGUGAGCCGCAGCGAUGCUGGCGUGGUGACCUGCGUUGCCAGGAACAAGGCUGGAGAGACAUCCUUCCAGUGUAAUUUGAACGUGAUCGAAAAGGAACAAGUGCUCGCGCCCAAAUUCGUCGAACGAUUCACCACAGCUACCGUCAAGGAGGGUGAACCAGUUGUUUUCAUGGCACGCGCUGUUGGUACUCCCGUACCCCGUAUCAGCUGGCAGAAGGAUGGAGUGCCGUUAACACCCGGACCGGACGUUCGCAUAUCGACGGACGGAAGCGGAGCUUCGAGUUUGGAUAUACCCUACGCGAAACUGUCGGAUGCAGCCUGGUACCAGUGCACGGCGCAGAACGUGGCUGGCUCGACGGCAACCAGAGCACGGCUAUUCGUGGAAACACCGAAGGGAGUAGCCCCCGAACCAAGACGCCUGAAUUUACCCCGACCGACGAAAAUCAUCGAACCAGAACCAGCGCCUGGCCCCGAAGUGAUUUACUUGAGACAUGUGGAACGUGCCAAGCCGUAUCUGCCUCCACCGGAGGAAGACAGAGUCUAUCCACCGCCACGUUUCAUCAUACCUUUGAGGGACGUCCAUCAGAUCGAGGGUGGACGUAUUCACUUCGAGGCCAGAAUCGAACCGGUGGGCGAUCCCACCAUGAGGGUAGAGUGGUACAUCAAUGGAAGAGCUCUCGAAGCAAGUUCCCGGGCGACUUCCAUUUUCCGAUUUGGCUUCAUAUCGCUCGAUUUGCUUAGCAUUGUUCUUCAAGAUAGCGGCGAAUAUUUAUGCCGCGUCGUAAGUUCAACCGGAGUCGCCGAAUCUCGAGCUACCCUCAGCGUGACGCCUCGCGCAACAAUCGAACAGGCUAGUCAGCACCCCGACAGCCUCCAGUACAUUCAACAGCUCGAGGAUUACAGCAAAUAUCAAAGGCAGGAGAGUGUGGAGGAUAUCUCUUCACAGCGGCCGGCCUUCAUCCGACCGCUCCAGGAUCUAGGAGAACUGCAGGAGGGACGUAACGCCCAUUUCGAGGCGCAACUGACCCCUGUGAGUGACCCCACGAUGAAAGUGGAGUGGUUCAAGGAUGGCAGGCCGAUCACAGCUAGCUCAAGAAUCACAACCAUCUUCAACUUCGGAUACGUCUCGCUCAAUAUAUUGCACCUACGAGCUGAAGAUGCGGGUUCUUACACUGUUAGAGCUGUGAACCGCUUGGGAGAGGCUAUCAGCUCCGCGUCUCUCCGUGUCUUUGCACGCACAAGCGUUACUUCAGAUUUAGGAAUCCCCGAGCAACAGAGGUACAUCGAGGCUGCCGAGGAGUUGGAAGCUUAUCAACAGGCGCUGCACCUGAGAUACGUACAGGAGCAACCUGAACCGACCAGCCCACCGGAAUUUAAAUCCCCUAUCAAGGAUCAGAACAGCAUACGAGAAGGCGGAUAUGCUCAUUUCGAAGCUCGUUUAGAGCCAGUCGGUGAUUCCGAACUGAGAGUUGAAUGGCUCAAGGACGGACGCCCUGUAGAAGCAAGUUCACGGAUCACGACAUUCUUCAACUUCGGCUAUGUGGCAUUGACCAUAAAAUACGUAACGAUCCACGACGUCGGCAUAUACACCUGCCGCGCAUACAACCGCGCGGGCGAGGCCCAUACAACGGCUCAACUGAGCGUGAUUAGCAAAAACGACGUCAUUUACGACAGUCAACAUCCCACUGGACUUCAGAAGAUUCAAACUCUGGAAGAUUCGAGCAGAUACUCGCGCCAAGUAGAGGAAGAAACGCGAGUAAUUCAGGCUCCACGAUUUUUAGGAAACCUAAAGGGUACCAAUAAGAUCGUCGAAGGUCAGCGUGCCCACUUCGAAGCUCGCGUCGAACCACAGAGCGAUCUGACCAUGACCAUCGAAUGGUACCAUAAUGGGAAACCCAUCACUGCUGCCAAUAGGAUUCAAACUUAUCACGACUUUGGAUAUGUGGCUAUAGACAUUCUUCAGGUCAGAUCUGAAGACGCUGGGACUUACACUGUGGUUGCUAGAAAUGCUCUUGGACAAGCUCAACUGUCAGCCACCAUGGUUAUAGAAACACGUUCGGGCGUGGACACCAGCAGCAUGCACCGCGCUACGUACGAGAAAACACAACGUUUGGAAGAAUCAAAGUUUGUUGAGCCUCAAUAUCACAUCGAGGAAAUUUCAAAAUCAAAGCCGAUCUUCGUACAACCAUUGAGCGAUCCAAAACCAGUGAGCGAAGGCAAGAACAUCCAUUUGGAGUGCCGUUUGGAACCGAUGGGCGAUCCAACGAUGAGAGUCGAGUGGUUCCAAAACGGUCGACCGGUCACCGUCGGCUCCAGAUUCAGAACUUACUACGAUUUCGGUUUCGUCGCAUUGGAUAUUGUUCACUCGACGGUUAUGGACUCUGGUGAAUACACUGUGAGAGCCACUAAUCACCUUGGCACUGCUCAUACUUCAGCCUGUGUUCGAGUCAUUGGCAAAUCUGAUAUCGUCACGGAAACUCAGCACGAGCAGUCACUUGAGCAGAUUCAAAUGCUCGAGGACUCUUCAAGAUAUCGAAGAACCCAACAAGAAGAGGUGACAGUGAUGCAGCCGCCACAAUUUACCCGACCUUUGCACAACGCAGAAACGGUUGAACUGACGAAUGUCCAUCUCGAAUGUCGCCUUCAACCAGUCGGCGAUGCCACCAUGAAAGUCGAAUGGUUCGUCAAUGGUAGACCAGUGAAGACUGGCCACAGAUUCAGACCAUCCUAUGAGUUCGACUACGUGGCACUCGAUAUCCUUGGUGUUUAUCCUGACGACUCGGGCGUGUAUACAUGCCAAGCGAGAAAUCAACUGGGUGAAGCUGUCACUUCCUGCUCAGUGCGAGUACAUGCAAAGAAGGAUCUGUUGUUGGAAUCACAGCAUCCUGAGGGUUUGGAACGGAUACAGUAUCUGGAGGAUGCGUCCAGAUAUAAGAGACGCGAAUUGGUCGACGAAGUAGUCAACGUUAAACCGAGAUUUAUCACCGCACCGAAGAACCAGGAGAAUCUUCGUGAAGGACAAUACGCUCACUUUGAAUGCAAAUUAGAACCCGUGACUGACUCCAACCUGAAGGUUGAGUGGUACAAAAACGGCCGUCCAGUCACAAUAGGACAUCGAUUCCGUCCGAUACACGACUUCGGUUACGUCGCUCUGGACGUCAUCGACCUAAUCGCCGAGGACUCUGGAACCUAUACAUGUCGCGCCGUCAAUCUUGUUGGAAGUGACGAAGUGUCUUGCACAUUGACCUGUCGUUCGACAGCGCAGGUCUUGACCGACACGCAGAACGAGCUUGGCCUCGAACGCAUCCACUAUUUGGAAGAUCGUACUAAAUACCAACGACGUGAAGAUAUAGAAGAAACAACCACACAGGCACCGAUCUUCACCACCUCCUUAAAUAAUGUAGAGAUCAAGGAGGGCCAGAGAGCUCACUUCGAAUGCAGAUUGAUCCCCGUUUCCGAUGCAACAAUGAAAGUCGAAUGGUUCCAUAAUAACAAACCUGUUAAAGCUGGAUCUAGAUUUGUCGAAACGAACAGCUUUGGCUUCGUUGCUUUGGAUAUUAUGUACGCCUAUCCUGAAGAUUCUGGCACUUAUACCUGUCGCGCGAAGAAUAUUAUUGGAGAGGCGAUCACCUCUGCAACUGCGGUUGUGCAUUCGAAAAAGUCGAUUUACACGGAAACUCAGAAUGAAGAGACUCUUCAGCGAAUUCAUUAUCUGGAAGACACUUCUCGAUACCAGCGUAAGACCACGACGGAGGAAAUAGUUACUCAAGCUCCAGUCUUCACUAUGCCUAUCAAGGAUCUGAGAGUCGCCGAAAAUCAAGCGGCUCACUUCGAAGCUCGUGUGAUCCCCGUCGGCGAUUCCAAGCUGAAAGUUGAGUGGCUGCGAAAUGGAGUCCCGAUAGCAGCUUCGAAUCGCGUGACGACGAUGCACGAUUUCGGUUACGUCGCUCUGAAUAUGAAAUACGUGAAUCCUGAGGACUCUGGCACGUACACUUGCCGCGCGAGGAACGACUUGGGAGAAGCAGUGACAUCGGCAACGCUCUUCGUCCAAUCCAAGGCGGCCCUGCAAUUCGAGUCGCAGCACGAGGGCGCGCUGCAGAAAAUCCAGGCGCUCGAGGACACCAGCAAGUAUCAACGGCACGAGGAGGAGGAGAUUGUGGUCACGGAGAAACCAUCGUUUACCGUCCAAUUGAACGGACCUACCCAUCUGGUCGAGGGUCAAAGCGCACAUUAUGAGUGCCGCAUCGAACCCUAUCCGGACCCGACCAUGAAGGUCGAGUGGUUCCACAAUGGCAAGCCUCUGUCAACUGGCCACAGGUACAGAACCACCUGCGACUUUGGAUUCGCUGCGUUGGACGUGCUCACUGUAUAUGCCGAGGACUCUGGCACCUAUACCUGCCAGGCCACCAAUAGGCUGGGAUCGGCGAAGAGCUCGAUUAAUCUUGACGUGAAGUCUCGCGCCUCGAUUAUUCGCGAUACGCAGCACGAAAGCGCUCUGAAGAAGAUUCAAUAUUUGGAGGACGAUUCGCGCUAUAAACGCGUGCAGGACGACGAUUUGAUCAUCGCCGAGAAGCCGAAGUUCGGUCGCCCGUUGAAGAACAUAGAACACCUGCCCGAAGGGAAGAGCGCUCAUCUGGAAGCGACUCUGACGCCUGUGAACGAUCCCACCAUGGUGGUCGAAUGGUUCAGGGAUGGCAGACCUAUCCCUCAGGGUCACAAGUUCAAGACCACCUACGAUUUUGGCUACGUUGCCCUCGAUAUCCUCUAUGCCUACCCGGAGGACUCCGGAACUUACAUGUGCAAGGCCAGAAACGCUGUCGGCGAGGCUGUAACUACUUGCGUCAUCAGCGUCGACUCGAAACAAGGCCUCUACCUCGAUACGCUAGACGCUCAGCGUUUGCAGAAGAUCCGCGAAUUAGAAACCGUAGAGGUGAAACAAGAGGUUGAAAAGGAGGUCGUCCACCAGAAGCCCGUAUUCUUAACGCCGUUGAACAACCUGGAUCAUCUAAAGGAAGGUGAACACGCUCACUUGGAAUGCCGCGUCGAACCAAUCAACGAUCCGAAUUUGAAGAUCGAAUGGUUCGUAAAUGGAAAGGCCGUGAAAACGGGACAUCGGUUCCGCAAAACUCAUGACUUCGGUUAUGUGGCACUUGAUAUUCUCUACACUUAUGCUGAAGACUCAGGUACUUACAUGUGCAAGGCUACCAAUUUGGCUGGCGAGGCUGUCAACACCUGCACCAUCAAAGUUGGCUCUCGCCGCAGCAUUCUCUUAGAUACUCAGCAUCCUGAUGGCCUCGAGAAGAUUCGUGAGCUCGAGGCUCAAGGUCGCCCAGCACGUUUAGAAGUUGAAGAACCACCAGUUACACCGCCCAGAUUCGUUACCGAACUCAGGGGUACCACUGAAGUAUAUGAAGGGCAAACAGCUCACUUCGAGUGUCAAAUCGAGCCCCUUCACGACGCCAACCUACGUAUCGAGUUCUUCCACAAUGGCAAGCCGUUACCAUCGGCGUCUAGGUUCCACGUGACGUUCGACUUCGGGUACGUGGCUCUGGACAUCGGCCACGCGGUACCCGAAGACGCAGGACAAUAUUCUGUGCGAGCGAUCAACGCACUUGGCCAAUGUGUCUCCUCGAUAGAACUAAAAGUUAUUCCUCGAGACAACAUCAUUCUCGACUCGCAAAGACCCGAAGGUCUGGACAAGAUCCGCGAGUUGGAAUCGCAGCAACCGUGGAAGAGACCGGAAGUGCCGGAACCACAGACUAGGCAGAGGCCAGUCUUCACUCAACCGUUGCAAAACAUUGACGCGAUUCCCGAGGGACACACCGCUCACUUCGAAUGCAGAUUAAUCCCUGUAGGCGAUCCUACAAUGAAGGUGGAAUGGUUCAGAAACGAGAUCCCGCUUGAAACCAGCUCGAGAAUCACGAAAGUUCACGACUUCGGAUAUGUAUCGUUGGACAUUAGUCAUGUGAGAGAGGAAGACGAGGGUGUAUACAUGUGUCGUGCCACCAAUGCUCUUGGUGAAGCAGUCACGACUGCUUCGAUGAAGAUACGAAGCAAGGCUAGUAUCCAAAUGGACACGCAACACCCUGAAGCGCAACGCAAGAUUGCACAGCUUGAGGCUGACAAGCCGCAGCGUCCGGAAGAACCGGAGAAAACGUUCGACAAACCAAUUUUCACGCAGCUGUUGACUGGUCCCACGGAACUUUGGGAAGGUCAACUGGCAAGAUACGAGUGCAGGGUUGUUCCUGUCGGUGAUCCUAAUUUGAGAUUCGAGUGGUACGUGAAUGGACGCGAACUUAAGAUGGGAUCUCGGUUCCACAUGAAUCACGAUUUCGGCUACGUGACUCUGGACAUCCUAAAAGUAAUCACCGAGGACUCCGGUGUGUACACCUGCAGGGCGAUCAACAAAGCCGGCGAGGCAGUAUCCUCGAUAUCCUUGAAAGUAAAAGCGCGCUCAGCCAUCGACGCCGACAGUCUGCAACCAGACGCAUGGCAAAAGAUCCAAUUGAAGGAAGCAGAAAUGAACAAAGUACCAGAAAUGUUCGUCGACACGACACCUCAACAAGCUCCAGUCUUCACCAAGCAUCUCGAAAGUUACGACAAACUCGUGGAAGGUCAACACGUUUAUCUGGAAGCUCAAGUAGAGCCAAGAGCAGACCCGAACCUGCGAGUAGAAUGGUUUAAAAACGGAGUGUCUCUCCAAACGGGAACCAGAUUACGUAGCACGUUCGACUUCGGUCUAGUCACUUUAUCGAUCAACGGCUUGAGAGCCGACGACUCGGCAAUUUACACUUGCAAAGCUACGAACCUUUUAGGAGAAGCUGUGUCCACCUGCAGCUUGAAGAUUGUCGAUCGCCACUGGUUGCUCGGGGAUACUCUUCAUCCAGACGCUUUGCCGAAAAUCGAUGCCCUGGAGCAGCCCCAUGUGACCACGACCGACCAACCAGAGCCCACUUACGAGGAACCGGUGUUCAUCACUCACUUGAACAACGUCGAGUGUUUGGAAGGUGACAACGUACACUUCGAGUGCAACGUAGAACCGUCGAAAGACCCGACGAUGAAGAUUGAAUGGUUCAUCAACGGAAAACCACUGCCAACUGGUGCUAGAUUCAAAUCCACCUACGAUUUCGGCUACGUCGCUCUAGACAUCAAUCACGCGUACGAAGAAGACUCAGGAGUGGUUAUCGUCAAGGCUACGAACUCGAAGGGAUCGGCUCAGACGUCCGGCACUCUGAAAUGUACCAGCAAACAAAACAUAUACUUGCAAACGCAACAUCCUCAAGGAGAGGCUGGCUUGGAGAAAGUAAAGGAAGCGGAAGAUGCUUAUUUGUCUAAAAUGAGAAGACCAGAUGCCGGGCCAGAACAAGAAUAUCCAAAACCAAUCUGGACUGUACCUCUGCAGCCAGAGUUCAAACUUGGCGAGUCCGAGCCUCUUCACUUGGAAGGUCAAGUGGAACCCAAGGAUGACCCGAACUUGAAGAUCGAGUGGUAUUUCAAUGGCAAAGCCUUGGAGCAUGGAUCGAGAUUCAAAAUGACUAGCGAUUUCGGAUUUGUCACUUUGGACCUGACUGAUGUGUACGAGCGGGACUCUGGGAUUUAUACUUGCAAAGCUUACAAUAAAGCAGGAGAAGCAUUCACUUCGACUACUAUUUACUGCUCGACGAAGGAGAAUAUUAUUGAGAGGUCUCAACAUCCGAAGGGCAAGGAAGGUCUCGAGGCAAUCCAAGAUCUCGAAGAAUCCUUGAAACGAGCUCCGGGAGCUGCGCCAGAGAGCGAAGAGGGUCAUCCACCUGUAUUUACAUCUCAAUUUGAGAACCUGACCAACUUGUCUGAAGGAGAGAUCGCUCACUUCGAAGCCUCCCUUACACCAACUGGCGAUCAGACCAUGGUCGUCGAAUGGUUCUACAACGGCAAGGCUUUAGAGGCCAGUCAUCGUACGAGAACAGUCUACGCUUUCGGUAUGGUCGUUCUCGAGGUGCUCGGAACCAAGAUAGAGGACUCCGGUACUUAUUCCUGCAGAGCCACCAACAAAUGGGGUCAGGCUGAGAUCAGCGUACAACUAGAAUGCGUGGACAAGUCUAAAGGACAAAAGCCCAAAUUUACGACACACAUACAAUCAUUGGAAGGUCUUAAAGACGGUCAAUCAGCGCACUUCGAGUGCACGUUGAUUCCUGUCGGCGAUCCUCAUAUGAAAGUAGAAUGGUUCCAUAAUGGUCAACCGCUCAGACACUCUUCUAGAUUCAAGAUGGUGUCCGAUUUUGGAUUUGUUGUAAUGGACAUUGCUGGAGUGAUGGCCCACGAUACUGGAGAAUACGUGUGCAAAGCUAGCAACAAAUUUGGUGAAGAUUACACCAAGGCUACUCUGAAGUGCUUUGGGAAGAGUGGAGUGUACCUCGAUUCGUUGCAGCCUGACUCUCUUGCGAGGAUUAGAGAACUGGAGAGUUUUGGUGGUGAACAGCCAACCACGCCGACUACUCCAGUUGCCGAGCCGCCGAAAUUCAUCACCCAAAUCGUUGACAUCACGAAACUGGUGGAGGGACAAUCGGCGCACUUCGAGGCCAGACUUACGCCUGUGACCGAUCCAGACUUGAAGGUCGAAUGGUACUACAACGGCAAGAAGCUGCCGCAUGGACACAGAUACAGAACCUUCCACGAUUUUGGUAUAGUCAUCUUGGAUAUAUUGUACUGUUACGAAGAGAACUCUGGAGUAUACGAGUGCAGAGCAUUCAAUAAAUACGGGGAAGAUAGUACGAAGGCGACGUUGAAGUGCUACUCGAAAUCGAGUCUCAUUUUGGAGUCACAGCUUCCAAAGGGAAUGGAAGGUGGCUUGGAAAAAAUCCAGACUUUAGAAGAUUCUAUGAUUCGUACGAAGGAUGAGAAGGUUGUUGAGGAACGUGGCAAAGCUCCGAUGUUCACUGUACCAUUGAGUAAUAUAGAUGGUCUUCGCGAGGGCGAGAGCGCGCAUUUCGAAGCUAGGCUUACACCCACUGACGAUCCAAAACUAAAGGUCGAAUGGUUCUGGAACGGAAAACCACUGCGAACGGGAUCUCGUUUCCGUACAUUCUGCGAUUUCGGCUUCGUGAUCCUCGAGAUUUCACCGAUCUACCCGGAGGAUUCCGGCGAAUACAGCUGCCGUGCGACGAACGAGUACGGCGAGGCUGUGACCACUUGCACGAUGAAGUGCACAGGGAAACGAAGCAUCAUUCUCGAGUCCCAAUUGCCGAAGGGAAUGGAAAGUACCAUCGACAAGAUCGCAGAGCUGGAAGGCUUGGGAGCCGUGCCGGGCGAGGUAACUCCUGACGACGACACCGGGAAACCACCAGAAUUCAUCACCACGCCGUCUGAUUUGACCCUGGCCGAAAACGCUCUGGCGCACUUCGAGUGUAGAUUAACGCCGAUCCACGAUUCCAGCAUGAGAGUGGAAUGGUUCCACAAUGGAAAAGCUCUCCUGGCUGGAAGUAGGAUUAAAACAAUUCACGACUUUGGCUUUGUUAUCCUUGAAGUGGCCAAUUGUUAUCAACGAGAUUCAGGCCUGUACACUUGCAAGGCAACUAAUCGACACGGCGAAGCGACGGUGUCCUGCAAGCUGCAAGUUCGCGGACGUCAAGGCAUCAUCCUGGAGCCUCAAUUGCCGACCAACUUUAAAACCGGAACGGAAAGCAUUCAGAAAUUAGAAGAGGCUUUGUACAAGAAGGACGAGAUCCUGGCAGAAGAAGAAACACCCAAUCCUCCGAAGUUCACCGUGGAGCUGAAGGAUAUCGAGGUUGAGGAAGGAGCAUCCAGUCACUUCGACUGCAGAGUUGAACCUGUUGGAGAUCCCACUAUGCGCAUCGAUUGGUUCCAUAAUGGAAGAUCAUUCGCUACUGGCUCGCGUGUACACCAGAUCAACGACUUUGGAUUUAUUUCAUUGGACAUGUCGUACACUUAUGCCAGGGACAGUGGCGAAUACGUUUGUAGAGCUACCAACAAAUGGGGCUCUGCCACCACCAAAGCUACAAUCACUUGCAAAUCUAAGAAAACAAUAGAUUUCGACUCCCAACUGCCAUCGGGCAUGAGCGGUGAGAAGCUGAAGGAAUUGGAACGUGGACCAAUAAGCGAACCACCCGCGGAAGAGCCCCCGCGUCAACCACCGAAAUUCAUCACGCAAAUUCAAUCAGCAACCGUCGACGAAUCCGAACCAGUUAGGUUCGAGUGUCGCGUGGAACCGAAAGAUGAUCCAAACCUACGUAUCGAGUGGUACAGAAAUGGAAAACUGAUUCCGGCUGGACAUAGAUACAGGACAACGUAUGAUAUGGGAUUCGUAUCUAUGGACAUUUUGUAUGUUUAUCCUGAGGACUCUGGAGAGUACGUGUGCAAGGCUAUUAACGAUCUGGGAGAAGACACCACUAGGGCAUCGGUAUCGUGCAAGAAAUUGCCCAGCAUCAUAUUACAAAAUCAAGUGCCAAAGGGUAUGAAGAAGUCGGAAGCGCUGAUGCAGAUGGAAGCAACCAUCAAGAAAUAUACGUCAGAAGUGCAUUUGACGGAAGAUGAUUUGUACGACGCGGACAAGAAACAGCCACCUCGUUUCGUUACGCAGAUUCAAGACCAAACCGACUUGGUCGAGAUGAACACCACCAAAUUCGAAUGCCAAUUAGCGCCUGUCGGCGAUCCGAACAUGAAAGUAGAAUGGUUCUUCAACGGCAGACCGUUACCUCAUAAGAACAGGUUCACGCCGAUUUACGAUUUCGGCUACGUGGCUAUGAACUUCGGCUGGGUGUACCCCGAAGACAGCGGAGAGUACUUGUGCAGAGCUACGAAUCUUUACGGAAUGGACGAGACGCGAGCAGUGAUACAAACCACUGGCAAGCCUGGCAUCAUUUAUGAGUCGCAGCUACCGAAGGGCAUGAAGAGUAUCGAGAAGAUCAGAGAGAUGGAAGCUGCAUGGCAAAUAGUACCUGAGGAAGAGGGCGAAGAGGAGAAGGUGCGGGCACCUCCUACAUUCGUCAGCAAACCGGAACCAGUGACCGUCGAAGAAGGUGACUGUUCCAGGUUCUGCUGUCGAGUCACUGGCCAUCCAAGACCAAGAGUUAUGUGGAUCAUCAACGGACACACUGUAGUCAACGGUUCACGCUAUAAGCUAACGUACGACGGCAUGUACCAUCUGGACAUCCCGAAGACGAGACAAUACGAUCACGGAAAAGUUGAAGUGAUCGCCAGAAGUUCCGUGGGCGAGGCUCGCACCGAGACCACGUUGACCGUAAAACCGAGGAGCGACGAUUACCGCGGUGUAUUGAAAAAUUCGCCGAGACCGUGGUAUGAUUACGAGCUGACCCAAUACCAAGCGGAGCGACAGAACACAGAGCUCGAGAAAGUUUUCGAUGAGAGACACCACAACAUCUCGCAAGGCAUCGAAAUCGCCACAGAGCACCUUGGUCAGAAGGUGUUCAAGGAGCCAGAGGCCGAAUGGCAGAAGACCGUCAAGACAAAGAAGAACGAGGAUUAUUACAACAAGCUAAUGAACCUUGAGGAAGAACAGGUCUUGAAGGAGAGCAGGCUCAGAGAAGCUAGUCAUCAAUUCGCUAUUCCUGGAGAGAAGGUCGUUGCCCAGUCUGUGGCCAAGGGAAUGGCUCAACAAUAUGAAGAAACCUUGGAAGGAAAAGAGGAGAAGAGGGAAGACAGGAGCCAGGAGACGACGCAGACCCAACAGAAGUUCGUGAGGAAACCAUUUACGACGGAGGUGGAUAUAGAUGUUGAGCGUACGAAAGCUAAACAUCCACCAGAACCGUCCGAGUCGACAGUUCACGGUCGCGAAGUUCAUGUUGCAAAACAGAAGCAAACGCAGAAAGAACACAAAGGCGAUGUGGAGAUCACCAGGAAAAUAACCGCCACAGAAACCACGGAAGUGGAGCACAAAGCUAAGACCCAAGAACGCGUGGUCCAGGGCCCGAUGAAACCGGCUACGCCUCCGGUGUUCACCAAGAAAAUUCAACCAUGCAGAGCGUUCGAGCAGGAACAGGCCCGAUUUGAAGUCGAGUUUGAUGGCGACCCAUUGCCUACCAUCAAAUGGUACCGUGAGGACUUCCCCAUUCAAAAUUCGCCGGAUCUUCAAAUCUACACGUUCAGCACUAAAUCGGUGUUGAUUGUACGACAAGUAUUUAUGGAGGACUCAGGUGUGUUCUCUGUCAUUGCUGAGAACCGUGCAGGAAAGGCCAAGUGCAGCGCCAAUUUGGUGGUCGAGGAGCGUAGACGACAACCUGGAAGAGGAGGUGUGAUACCACCUAGCUUCCUAUCUACCAUUCAAAACACGUCGGUUACCACGGGACAAUUGGCUAGAUUUGAUGCCAAAGUGACUGGAACCAAGCCUUUAGACGUUUACUGGCUGAAGAAUGGCAAAAAAGUGACGGCAGACAUUCGUUACAAGACACUCGAAGAAGACAACACUUAUACAUUAUUGAUUCUGGAGACAGUGCCAGAGGAUUCGGGCAAAUACGAAUGCGUCGCUUUGAACAGCGCCGGAGAGGCCCGUUGCGAUGCUGAAUGCGUCGUACGAGGACCUCAGUCGCCAACGAAAACGGCGAAGCCGACGACGCCAGGUGUCGAAAAAGCACCAGCCGUCUCAGAACCAUUGAGAGAUCAAACUAUCAAAGAGGGAACAUCAGUCGCCUUCGCUUGCAGGAUCACCGGAAAACCGGUACCCACUGUGCAAUGGAAGAAAGGCGACAAGGUCAUCAAGCCGUCCAAAUACUUCCAAAUGCAAAAGGAAGGCGACUUAUGCACCCUAAGGAUCUCCGAGGCCUUCCCCGAAGACGAGGGUGUCUACAAGUGCAUCGCCAAAAAUCCAGCUGGUGAUGUAACAACUUCGGCCAACCUUAGAGUUCUCGCCCCAGACGCAGCUGACGUUCUUCCUAAAGUUACACCAUUGAAAGAUCAAGUAGUCGUGGAAGGACAACCGGCUCAAUUCAAGACCCAAGUUACUCCGGCUAAACCAAAGCCUAACAUUCAGUGGUACAGAGAAGGUGCCCUGAUUCCUCAAUCACCGGAUUUCCAAAUGAUUCACGAAGGUAACAAUGCGGUGCUGCUGAUAGCAACCACUUACGAAGAAGACACCGGCACGUUCACUUGCCGAGCUACCACUUCCGCCGGCACCGUAGAAACGUCCGCCAAACUCAUCGUCAAAAAGAGAAAAGGAGCGUAUUACGAGGUUCCAGCUGAGACUGGACCAGGCGCGAAAACGGGUGUAAAACCGUCGGUAGGUUUGGGAACAGGCGGAAAGGACAUAGUCCUGGAACCCUUGACACUCGACGAGAACGGAUUGCCAUUAGAAAUUCCCUUGCAACCCGGAGACGAGUCAUUGCCCUGGAGAAAGGGCCAAAUUCGUCAUCGACCUCGACUCGGUGACACGACACCGUGGCGAAAAGCCAAACCGAAAUCGCGGGACACUUCUUUAGAUAAAUUGCAGGCCACCGAAGGCCAGGUAAAACCAUGGACGGAGGAAGCGAUAACUUUAAAGAAAACUCCUCAGGUACCGCGAGACAUACCCAAAGAAAAAUUGGAGGACGUCGAAUUGAAACCGGCGAAGAUUGAAAGGAAAGAGAUUAGGAGGCCCAGCUUGGAAGCUGUUGAUUUGAAACCUGUUACGAAAGACGUGAAGGAAAUGAAAAUCGAAGAAGAGAGGAAGCUUAAAAGGCGAGAGGCGACAGGAGAGAUUUAUGUGGAAGAAGAGGACACCAGAUUCUUGAAAACUACUAAAAAAGUGGAUGAAACUGUGGAAGAGAGAAAGAAGGAGGGACCGAAACCGUGGACCGAAGAGAAGGUCACGCUGAAGAAAGCAAAAGUCGAAAGAAAAGAGAUUCCCAGAGAAACUUUAGAAUCUGUUGAAUUAAAGCCUUCACAGAUUGAGAAGAAUCUGAUUGAGAAACCGAGCUUGGAGAAGGUGGAUCUGAAACGCUUUACAACGGAAAAAGUUACUGAUGUAUCGAAGACCGAAUACCUUGAGCAGGAAGACACGUCUAUGUUAGACGUGAGUAGAACUGAAGAAGUUAAGAAAAUGAAAAAAGAAAAGAUAGAAGAAAAGGUGGAGCAAGCGAAGCCGUGGACAGAAGAGAAAGUCACUCUGAAGAAGUCUAAACCGAUAAGAAAAGAGAUUGAGAAGGAAACCGUGGAGACUGUAGAAUUAAAACCAUCGAAGGUCAGCAAAGCUCCGAUUCAGAAGCCAAGUUUGGAACAAGUGGAUUUGAAACCUGUCCCAACGGUUGUAUCUGAGAAGAUUACUGAGAAAACUGAGAAGACUGAAUACCUCGAGCAAGAAGAUACCGCUUUGCUGGACGUUUCCAAAACCGAAGAAAUAAAGAAAAUUAGAAAAGACAAAAUCGAGGAGAAGCUUGAACAGCCUAAACCGUGGACCGAAGAAAAGGUUACUUUAAAGAAAUCCACGCCUGUGAGGAAAGAAGUUGAAAAAGAGACGAUAGAGACUGUUGAAUUGAAACCAUCGAAGAUUACCAAAACCCCAGUCCGGAAACCGAGUUUGGAGGAGGUCGACCUGAAAGCUGUGAGAAAAGAGACAACGGAGAAAAUAGUAAAAAAAGAUGUGGUGCAGAAGGCUGAUUAUGUGGAACAGGAAGAUACGACUUUAUUGGAUAUUACCAAGGAUACGAGGGUGAAGAAAACAAGAAAAGAGUCGAUUUCAACGGAGAAGGUGGAACAAGCUAAGCCCUGGACGGAAGAAAAAAUAACUCUGAAGAGAGCCAAACCGGAAAAGAAAGAAAUACCUACAGAACAGGUCGAGAAGGUGGAAUUGAAACCUUCGAGGCCAGAGAAACCGGAAAUAGGGAAGCCUAGUUUAGAUCAAGUGGAUUUGAAACCAGUUCCUCAGAAAGUAGCGCCCACGACAAAGAAACCUGAAGAGAAGGAUAUAUUUGUUGAAAAAGAUGAUACUACCCUUCUUCAGGUCACUAAGGACGUCAGAGUUGACGAGAAGUUGAAGAAGAAACCGGAAGAAGUUGAAACAAAACCUUGGACUCAGGAAAAAAUUACCUUGAAGAAAACUAAAGUGGAACAGAAAGAAAUCCGCAGAGAAUCUAUAGAGGAAGUCACUUUGAAGCCAACAAAAACGGAAAAGAAGGAAGUAAAGAGGGAAACGUUGGAGAAAGUAGAUUUACAGCAAGUGACUGACAAAACUAAAUUCGUUGAAGAGGAAGACACGAAACUCUUAAAGAUCGACAAAGAUGAGAAAGUAGAAGAAGAAAGAAAAGAACAAACAGCGACUUGGAGGAGAGGAAAGAAACCAAAAGAGAAGACUCCGUACCAAGAGGAAGAAGACAAAACGAUCUUGGACGUAAGAAAAGACGUGGAGGAACAACAGAAGGAAGUGCCAGUGCCUUGGGCCAGAGGCAAGAAGAAACCUAAAGAAAAAGUUCCUUACCACGAGGAAGAAGAUACCACUCUUCUCGAUGUCGAAAAGACUGAAAAGAAGACUGAGAAACAGGCGAAAGAGGAGGUGCCGGUUCCAUGGUUGCGUGGAAAGAAGCCAAAGGAAGAGAAACCAGAAUUAGCGCCCGAAAGAGUGCAGCCUGAACAGAAGCCAGAGGAAGAAAAAUUGGAGACAACGCAGGUUCCGUGGCUUCGAGAUAAGAAAGUACAGAGAAAAAUACCGGAGAGGAAAGAGGAACCGGUUGAGGAUAUUAAAUCGGUGGCGUUGAAACCGGUCAGACGGGAACGUGUACCGGAAGAGAAGGAGAAACCGGAGGAAGUUACUCUGAAACCUGUCAAACGCAUUCCACGUGAAGAAGAAGAGAAGGAGGAGGUGCAACUGAAACCCAUCCCGAAACCCAAGCCCGAAGAAAAGCCACGCGAGGAGGUAAAAUUGAAACCAUUCGAGAAACCUAAACCAGAAGUGCCAGAACAAGAAAAAGUACAGCUGAAACCGUUUAAGCGAGAAAAACCGGAAGAUGAAAAAGAGAAAUUGGUAGCACAAAAAGUACCGGAGAAACCGGAAGAAGAACAGCCGACCGAAGUUGAUCAAGUCACAUGGCGUAGAAAACCAAAACCAAAAAAGACGGUAGUUCCUGAAGAGAAACCGGAGAAGGCUUUGGUUCCACAAAAAGUGGAGGAGAAACCGGAGGAAGAGCAGCCAAAGGAAGUUGAACAAGUAUCUUGGCGUAGAAAACCAAAGCCAAAGACGACGAUAGUUCCUGAAGAGAAACCGCAGGAGACAUUGGUUCCACAAAAAGUGGAGGAGAAACCGGAGGAAGAGCAACCUAAGGAAGUUGAACAAGUAUCAUGGCGUAGAAAACCAAAGCCAAAGUCGACGAUAAUUCCUGAAGAGAAACCUGUCGAGAAAGUCGAAGAAAAAGUUACUGAGAAGGUGACCGAGGAGCAGAAGAUUCUGGAAGUACUUAAAAGAGAAGAAAAAGAAAUUGAAGAUUGGAAGGCCCUAGCUUUGAAACCGGUAAAACGCGGCAAGAAACCCGAGGAACGAGAAGACAAGGAAGAGAUCAUGCUGAAACCAGUGAAACGUCUUCCUAAAGAGGAAGAGACUGAGGAGGAGAUCAAAUUGAAACCGGUAGAGAAACCCGAAAAGAAAGUUGAAAUGAAAAAACCGUUGAAAACGGAAAUGGUAGGUCCAACUGCACCUGAGGAAGAAAAGCCAGCAGAAGUGUCAAAGUUGCCAUGGCAACGUGGCAAGAAGAAGCCUGCCGAACAAGAAGAAACCGAAGUGACGAUCGAAGAGAAGAAAGUAGUGGAAGAAGAGCAGAAAGACAUUUCUGAAGUCAGCUGGCGGAAACCCAAAAAGGACAAGGUUGUGAAGGAAGUGCAAAAGGAGGUAGAAGUUGAAGACUUCUCGGCAGUUGUGCUCAAGCCUACGAGAAAAGAAAAGAAAACGGAAGAGAAGCUAGAGAAAGAGGAAGUGACGCUGAAGCCUAUACAAAAAGCGCCCAAAGAGAAGGAAAAGCCGGAGGAAGUAACACUUAAGCCGGUAAAAUUGGAAAAACCUGAGACAAUUGAAAACGGAGAAGUAGAAAAGACUGAAUUGCCUUGGCGACGUGGUAAGAAGCCAGCCAAGAAGAUACUUCCACAGGAGGAAAUUAAACCUGAAGAGACUCCGAAACCUGAAGAAAGAGCACCCGAGACCAUCGAACAGGUCAAGGAGCAAAUAAUAUUGAAACCCAAAGAAAAGAGAAAGCCUGAGGAGGAAGAAAAAUCGGAGGUUAAAUUGAAACCUGUGAAAAGGUUAGAGAAACCAGAAGAAAAACCUGAAGAGGUAACAUUGAAACCUGUGAAACGACUUCCUAAGGAAGAGGAAGAGAAAGAGGAAGUUAAAUUGAAGCCAAUAAAGAAGGAGAAACCAGAGGAGGAGAAGCCAGAAAUAAAAUUAAAACCAAUUAAACGUUGGGAAAAACCGGAAGAGGAAAAACCGGAGGAAGUCACUUUGAAGCCGGUGAAACGACUUCCUACAGAAGAGGAAAAGAAAGAAGACGUAACCCUGAAACCAAUACAAAAAGAAAAACCAGAAGAAAAACCUGAGGAAGUUAAAUUGAAACCGACCAAACGUUGGGGAAAACCGGAAGAGGAAAAACCAGAGGAAGUGACUCUAAAGCCGGUAAAACGACUUCCUACAGAAGAGGAAAAGAAAGAAGACGUAACCCUGAAACCAAUACAAAAAGAAAAACCAGAAGAAAAACCUGAGGAAGUUAAAUUGAAACCGUCCAAACGUUGGGGAAAACCGGAAGAGGAAAAACCAGAGGAAGUAACUCUGAAACCCGUCAAACGACUUCCGAAAGAGGAGGAAGAAAAGGAGGAAGUUAAAUUGAAACCGAUAAAGAAAGAGAAACCAGAGGAAGAAAAACCGGAAGUUAAAUUGAAACCAAUCAAACGUUUGGAAAAACCGGAAGAGGAGAAACCCGAAGAAGUAACUUUGAAGCCGGUGAAACGUCUUCCUAAAGAAGAGGAAGAAAAGGAGGAAGUUAAAUUGAAACCGAUAAAGAAAGAGAAACCGGAGGAAGAAAAACCGGAAGUUAAAUUGAAACCAAUUAAACGUUUGGAAAAACCGGAAGAGGAAAAACCCGAAGAAGUAACUCUGAAGCCGGUGAAACGUCUUCCUAAAGAAGAGGAAGGAAAGGAGGAAGUUAAAUUGAAACCAAUAGAGAAGGAGAAACCUGAGGAAGAAAAACCGGAAGUUAAAUUGAAGCCAAUUAAACGUUGGGAAAAACCGGAAGAGGAGAAACCCGAAGAAGUAACUUUGAAGCCGGUGAAACGACUUCCUACAGAGGAGGAAAAGAAAGAAGAAGUAACCUUGAAACCAAUACCAAAAGAAAAACCAGAAGAAAAACCUGAGGAAGUUAAAUUGAAACCGACCAAACGUUGGGGAAAGCCAGAAGAGGAAAAACCUGAGGAAGUGACUUUGAAACCCGUGAAACGACUUCCGAAAGAGGAGGAAGAAAAGGAGGAAGUUAAAUUGAAACCGAUAAAGAAAGAGAAACCGGAGGAAGAAAAACCGGAAGUUAAAUUGAAACCAAUUAAACGUUUGGAAAAACCGGAAGAGGAAAAACCUGAAGAAGUUACUUUGAAACCGAUAAAGAAAGAAAAGCCAGAGGAAGAAAAACCUGAAGAAGUGAAAUUGAAACCUGUCAAGCGUCUUCCUAAGGAAGAGGAGAAAAAGGAAGAAGUUACUUUGAAGCCUAUUACAAAGGACAAACCCGAAGAAGAAAAGCCAGAAGUGAAACUGAAACCAGUCAAACGUUUGGAGAAACCAGAAGAAGAAAAACCGGAAGAAGUUGUUUUGAAACCGAUGAAACGGCUUCCUAAAGAAGAUGAAGAAAAAGAGGAGAUUAAAUUGAAACCGAUAAAGAAAGAAAUGCCUGAAGAGAAACCCGAGGAAGUUAAGUUGAAACCUGUCAAGCGAUUAGAAAAGCCCGAGGAAGAAAAACCAGAAGAAGUGAAAUUGAAACCAGUUAAACGUCUUCCGCAAGAGGAAGAGAAGAAGGAGGAGGUUACUCUAAAACCGGUGGAGAGAAAGAAACCUGAGGAAGAAGAGAAACCGGAGGUUAAACUGAAACCAGUGAGACGUAUCGAGAAACCGGAGGAAGAGAAACCGGAAGAAGUGACACUGAAACCCGUUCCAAAACCGGUACCAGAAAAGGCGGAAGAGAAACCCGAAGAAGAAGAAACACAAGAAACUUCAAUAUGGCCAUGGCGACGUGGCAAGAAGACAAAGAAGAUCGUCGAUUUCCGGGAAGAAGUAACUGUCGUGCCAAUCGAUCAAGAAAGAGUGGUUUCUGAAGUAAAGGUAGACGAAACAACUAUCGUUGAACAGAAAGUGGAAGCAGAACAAAUAAUUCAGAAGGAAGUUACAGAAAUCAAAGAAGAAAAACCGGAAGCGCCGGCGCCUUGGAGAAGGUCCAAAAAAGUGGUCGAAGAGAAAAUCGAGGUAGAAGAGAUAAAACCUGAAAUGGUGAAGGAGGAAGAGAAAGUAGUAGAAGAGGUCACCGAAGUAUCCGAAGUCUCUUGGAGAAAGAAGCGUAAGCCGAAGAAACCAGAAGAUGAGAAAGAAAUCGUCGAACUGAAACCAGUCGAGAGACAUGAAGAAAUUAUUGAAAGCGUAGAAGAAGUGGUUCUUAAACCAGUCAAGAAAGAGAUAGUACCUGAAGAAGUUAAGGAAGAAAAGGUCCAUCUUAAACCUGUCCCUAAAAAACCAGAAGAACAAGAAGUUCCAGAACAAAUAACUUUGAAACCUGUUAAGAAAGUGAAACCUGAAGAGAAACCGAAAGAAGAAGUGCCGGAACUAAAACCGGUGAAAGUAGAAAAGCCGGAAGUACCUGAGGAGAAAGAAGAGAAGGAAGUAGCAGUUUUGGAAAUGCCAUGGAGGAAACCUAGAAGGAAACCCGAAGAGGUGCCUGCACCCGUAAAAGUAGAAAAGGAAGAAGUAGAAACUGUAGUUCAAGAUGUUCGAGUCACCACAAAAGGAGUAAAAGUAGAGAAGGCUCCCGAGGAAAUAGUCGAGGUCGAACAGAAAGUAGAGGAAGAAGUCCAAGUCGAAGAGCGCAAGAGAAAGCGCAAGCAACGUACACAGGUCGAUAUAUCGAUCACAGACAAAGACAAGAAAAUCGCUCCGAGGUUUAUACAAAAGUUGCAACCCGUAAUUGCGCAACCGGAAACAACCGCGAGAUUCACUUGUACAGUAUUUGGCAAUCCGUUCCCCGAAAUCGCCUGGUACAGGAACGAGCAGGAACUUCACGCCAGCGAGAAGUACAUCAUAACCAUCUACGAGACGACUGCGGUCUUAGAGAUAACCAAGGUCAAGGAGGAAGAUGCUGGAAUGUAUUCUUGUAGAGCAUCGAAUCCGGCUGGAGUAGCUACGUCCACCGUGAAUCUCGUGAUAUUCGAAAAAGAAGAGGAAGGCGUGGCGCCGCACUUCGCGACACCUAUUAAACCUCUAAUGGUCGAGGAGCACAAACCAGCUCUACUCGAGUGCGUUGUCACCGGGACACCCAUGCCGGAAGUCAAGUGGUACCGCAGGGAGCAAGAGCUGCAGCCGCAAAAAGGCAAAGAGAUCACGUUCAAUCCCGAAACCGGCGAAGCCAAGCUGCACAUACUGGAACCAACCGAAGAGGACGAAACGAUUUAUCGCGUGCAGGCUGUGAACAAAUUCGGCCGCGCCGAGUGCAGAGCGAACCUGGUUAUUCGAAGCGUAGUGAAAGUUAGCAAACCGGAAGUCCUAAGGGCACCGAAGAUCACCAGACCGUUACCAGCUUUGACAGCUGUGCGUGGAAAACCUUUAACCUUGUCAGCUGAUUUCGAGAGCACACCUAAGCCAGAGGUGAAGUGGUUCAGAAACGGAAUCGAAGUCACGCCGUCUGAUAAACGCGUGAUCAACAUUUAUGAGAACACGGCCGAGCUGCAUAUACCCGAAGUAACUAAGAAGGACGGUGGCAAGUAUGAAGUUCGGGUAGAGAAUCCUGCCGGCGAGGCGAGGACCUCGGGCACUGUUACAGUGAAGGAACACGAGGACAAGACGGAUGAAGUGAAAGCUCCGAGGUUUAUUGAACCGCUGCAACCGCAGAUCGUCGCUGAAGGAGAAGUUGUCAUCAUGGAAACGAGGGUCGAUUCCUACCCGGCGGCAUCCUUCCAAUGGUUCCACGAAACCACUCCUCUGGAGUCGACACCACAGGUGAGAAUCGUGACGCAAGAAAACAGAUCUAUCGUGAUGAUCAAGGAGGUCAAGCCGGAGUACGCCGGCACGUAUACUUGCCGCGCCGAAAACGUAGCCGGAUCGGUUACCUGCACGGCGACGAUAAAUCUGCUCGAUACACCGUGGGAGGAGACCGUCGAACUAGUCUCGCCGACGUUCGCCAGGCGAUUGUCACCGGUCAGAGUAAUGGACGGUGAGAGCGCGAACCUGACGUGCGUCGUGCACGGAAAACCAACACCCAGGGUCGAAUGGUAUCACGAUAACAAACCUAUCAAAGAGGGCAAAGAGAUAACCAUCAUACAAGACACGGAAGGUGUCUGCAGUCUUGCCAUAACUGAAGUGUUCCCCGAAGAUGCUGGGGAGUACACUUGUCGUGCCGUGAAUCCUGUUGGCGAAGCCGUUUGUACUUCGUCUUUGAUUGUUGAAGGUAAUUCGAGGUUUUUGAUAAAACUUAUGGAAACUCCGUUGUUCGAUACGGACACGGAAGAAUCCGCACCAGAGAUAAUUAAGAAGCUUCCUCAGUUAAUUCCUACCAAAGAUGGAGAACUAACCAGACUGGAGGUGAAGGUGAAGGGAAAACCGAAGCCAGAAGGGAAAUGGUACAAGCAGGGCGUGGAGAUCGUGUCGUCGCAAGAAUUCCAAAUCGAGGAGUUCGAGGACGGCACGUCCGUGCUAACGAUUGCCGAAACUUACCCCGACGACACGGGCGAGAUUGUGUUCGAGGCGCACAAUCCGCUCGGCGUAUCGACCACGACUACCUAUCUGUCGGUAGAAGGAAUCCUCGGAACAAAGGAGUACAGGAAACCAGAAUGGGUGAUCCAAAUGGAGGAGAUGCAGGAGGCUUUGAGAGCCACGCAAUCUGUACCACGAUUCAUUCAAGAGAUCACCGACGUUUAUGCGAAGGAGGGUGAAACCGCGAUAUUUGAAUGCUCAUAUUCUGGCAAUCCUGCUCCAGAUGUUGUAUGGCUUAAGAACGACAAAAUGAUUAUGAAUACCCAGAACGUGAAAGUACGUAUUCUCGAUGAGGAGAAAAAGACAACAUUAACAAUCAAACACGCCACCGAGGAAGACGAUGGAAUUUACGUUUGUAAAGCUACCAGUGAGAUAGGUUUAGCGAUCACCAAAGCCAAACUUCGCGUAACAGACGUAACGGGUGAGAGGACAUUCAGCUUCGAUGAAGAUGUUGAAGAACAGGAAAUUAAACCUGAGAAGAAGCCGGAAGAAGAAAAGCCGCGAAAGAAAAAGAAGCCCGAGCUGAAGAAAGCCAAGGAAACGAAGGAGAAGAUCAAGACUGAACGCGUAAAAGUUGAUAAGAAGGAGCUACGUAAAGAGAAGUUAGUUCCUAAGGAACAGCCAGAAGAAAAAAAAAUUGUUGACAUCGAGGAGACUCAGGUACUCGAAACGACGGAAGUUAUCGAAGAGAAACCAACUGAGGUGUCAAAGGCGAAAAAAGUGGUACCGAUCCAAGAGCCAGUCAUGACGGAGGCAAUUGCGUCCAUGAAGAAGAUCGACGAUCAGAAACCCCGUGAGAUGGUACCGAAGCCCGAUGAACGUGCGAAACCAGUGAUGGAGGAACGCGAAGGGGUGGUCGUCAUCUCGGAGGUGGCCACUGACGACGUGGUGCAAGACUUUACUGUGGAAUCGGUGGUCGACCGCGCCCAGAUUACAUCAGAAACGUUGCAGACAGUCUCGGUAUCCGAAGUGCGCACCGAGGCGAGCGUCCAAGAGAUCAGACGAGUAGACACGAAGCAGCGAAAGGCGAAGAAGACGGUAGUAACUGAAGAAGAGAUAUUUGAAGAAAAACCCAGAGAGGUGGUCACAGAAGAGAAGCCGAAAAAGAAGAAGAAGAAAGUAACCAUAGAAGAGGUCGUGAAAAGAGAGAGAGAAAACAUUGCGAAAGAGGUGGAAGAGAUUAUGGAGGUGCUCCAUGCAAAGGAAUUCGGUCCGGGCGAAGCUCCGCUUCGAGAAUUAGCCACAAUCGGGUUCCUAGUCAGACAGGGCGUCUCCGUAAACGAGAUCAACGAGAGCCUGUAUAGGACGGAUAACUUCCCCGCGUUGAAGACACCCGAGGCUCAGAAUGCGCUGGUUCAAUUGGUGGAAAGAGAGGGACAUGGGCCGUUGAUCACGCAGGUUCUUACGGAGGAGACGACUACUGAUGAGAGUGUGGUGGCUGCUACCGUUGGGUUCCGGGCAUUCAUGAGGAUGAUCGAGUUGCAACACGUCACCGUCGAGGAGGUGCUCACCCACUUCGCGCCGGAAGACUUCCGGCCACGAGCUUGGGAAGUCACAGAAGCCACAGAAGUUGAAACUGAAGAAAGGGUUACGGAACGAGUGGACGUCGUCCGCAAAACGGAGGUCCACUUUAUGGAGAGGCGGGACGAGAGAAAAGCCGUCCGCACGCAGGAUAUUCGAGACAUUAAAGAAUACGAGGACACACGGCAGGCACACACAACACUGCGCGAACGAAAAGUAAAACCGAAGGAACAGGAGAGAAAGGAAGAUAGGGACGAGGGGGUUCAGGUUGUAGAGAUCGAGGAAGUCGAGGAAACGGAGAAGAAGAAACGAAAGGACGUGGAAGAGGUCGAGGAGGAAACCGAGACCAUAAUCGUUGAAACAGACUCGAAAGGCAGACUGAUUCAAAAGAAAAAAGAUCGUGACGAUUUAGAGAAACGCGUAGACGUCGAAGAGGAGGAAGAGAUCAUAGAAAAAGUGAGGAAAGAGCUGAAACCUAAACGGCCGCAACUUGGCCGAGACGAGAUUGAACUAGAAGAAACAGAAGAAUUCGAGAUCACCAAAGACAAAUCCGUGCCUUCGAUCGCUUUGAACGUUCCUAGCCAACGACAUCAAGUAAUACCUUUAGAUCGCACCGUCGAGCAAGCACCAGGGAAACCAGAAUUAGAGACAGCUAAAUUGACUUUAGAUACGAUCACACCAUUGACCGAGCACUUGGUGCCGGUUCAAGAAAAAGAAAUCGACGAUAUUACCCUGAUUAAACCAGUUGAACGCAAAGCGUCCCUUUCUAUCUCACCAGUAGAGCCAUAUUCUACCACAGAGACCACUGUACAAGCCACCACCGGCGAAUUCGCUGAUACCUUCAAACCCACGACUUACGAAGCGACGCCAGGCGUCGUUUCAUCCGAAAGCAUCGUAGUCAGCGAAACAUUAACCAAUGACGCCGAUGUGUCCAGUUUAACAAUAACCAAACAGGAAUUAAGUAGAACAGCGGAUGUCAGCGUGACUCUCCAAGAAGCCACCACCGUGUAUGAAACCAUGGUGAAUCAAAAAGAAGUUCCAACUGAGGAUUUCGUGUCGCCGUUGACUGCCAAGGCUGAAGACACUUUCUUACCCCAAGUCGGGCUGUCUGUGUACGAAGUCCAAGAAGGCUUGACUGAGGACAAAUUAGAGCCGAUGAAAACUGUCCCGACUAAGCCUAGGGUCAACGUGACAGCAGUCGAACCGUUGGUUGUCGAAGAAGUUAGAGCUGAAGAUAAACCAGGUAAAUAUUAUCCAGAGCUGAUAGUUCCUACCGAAGUAGCGACGGAAACGGUGAUACCUCAACGGCAGAGGGUUACUGAAGAGAUGCACGCGCCUGAAAAGGAAGGCGAAUACGUUCCAGGCAGACUACCUCCGAGCCAGAAAGCGCAGGUUGGAAUGUCGUAUGGAAACGAAACAGCAAUAGUGGAGCAAAACGUCGUUCAAGAGAGCGAAGGGAUAUUCGUUUCAGAAAGAAAAACUGAUACCUUCGAAGCCACUCCUAAUGUUACUUUGCUCGAAGGAGUCUCUGUGUCCACUGUCCAAACUCAGGACACUGAAGUUCAUUUGACUAUUGAAGAAACGAAGAAAGCAGUGGCUGAUUUGAAUGUUGUUGAGAUCACUUCUGCUGUGACAGUGGAAACGGUGCCUUCUGAGAAAGAAAAGGAGUACCAGCCAGGUGAUAAGCCAGAUGCUAGGACAGCCGAGACAUCGAUAUCCUCUUUGGAAAUCGGCUCUAUCGCGAGCACGAUAAUUCAAGAAUCUGAAGGAGUCUAUCAACCAGAUCAGAAGCCAACGAAAGCGCUGGCUGAAACUUCUAUCAGACCCGAAGAGCACGUAACGGUCUCAGAAAUUCAGACUGCGGACUAUCCAUCAGACUUCAAAGAGGAACUGAAAUACGUUCAAGAAAGUGGAACCGUUUCCGUACAAUUGACAGAAGCGAAACUGAUCCAGGAAACUUUGGCCCAUGAUAGUGAAACAAAAAUGGAUGAAAUUGUAAGACCAGAAGAGCGUGUAGUGGAAACGAGUUACGAUGCGAUCAGAAGCGUCGAGGUGUUUCAGACUACGUCUGUAGAAAAAGAAGCUGAAUUGAAGAUCUUUGAGAUGCCAGAAUCUCAUCGGGGAAAGACCGUGCCGACGCAUCCUGUGGUUUCACUGGAAAUUGAAAUGACCCAACCGGAAGACAAUUUAGGCGAAGUUAAGAAAGAUGUACCGUCGACUGGGGUAGCUAAAAUAGAACCUAUAGGAUUACAAGAGACAGUUGUAGGUGAAACUGUAGUAGCUGAAGAUGUAGCACCAGUACAAAAGGACAAGGUUCCCCAGUCGAUGAUGGCUGAAGUCACGAUGAACGAGAUUGAAAGUGUGCACACCACUAUGGUAGUUGCCAGCGAAAAAGAAGCAGAGUACACCGAAGUUUCUGAAAUUAAAGGAGCUUACGCUAGCACAGAAUUCACCACACAGGUCGCCCCAGUGUUCGAAGAAGUCAGAACACAUUCACCAACUGGAGAGUACGUCCCUGAAGAGAAGCCAGCUUCCGGCGUAGCUCAGCCGUCGCAUAUUCCAUUAGAAAGCGUGACAAUUGCUAUGCAAGAGAUUGCAGAAAAAGAAGAUCUGUAUAAGACUGAUAUGAAACCUACUGAGAAGACUGCGAUUGUUGAAUUGACUGAACCUAGACCUGGUCCAACUGUAUUAGAAGUUAUUCCUCACGAUCGUGAGAACAUUUACAGUCCCGAUGCGAAACCGCAGGAUUACACCGCUCAGCCGUUGGUCUCUGGCCACACUGUUGCAUUGAAAUCGGAGACGUUAGUGGAGCAGAGUACUGGUGACAUGAGUAUCGACAAACCUAAAUCAGAAAAAGCGAUUCCUCAACGAGAUGCAUUGGAGGAAUUGAUUAUAACAGAAACGAACAUCGCUGAGACAGAGAAGACCAGAGAGGAAGAUAUCAAACCGAUUACCCAGAGUGCUGAGCUUCAAAUCCAGUCGAAAACCGAGAAAUUAACUGUAACUGAAGUGAUGAGCGUUCAGGAGGAGGAGAAAUUGGACGUGGAGGAAAUUCCAAAAGAAAGAACAGUCACUCUAGGAAUCACUGGAGGACACGAGGUAGCUGAGAUGCAGGAAACUGUCCUUGCGAGUAAUAUCAAUAUCCUGAAGGAAGAGAAGGUUAAAGAAGAACACGCUGGCCAGCAACAAACCGGACUGGAAGUCGUCGAGCAAACAGAAAUAUCUAUUUCAGAGAAAGAGUCUCCGUUGCAAAAAGAUGUCAAACCUGAUACCAAGAACGUUGAAGUCACCUUCGAAGAGGGAGAAGGUAUCGUGGUUGGUAUGACUUAUCCAGAAGACAAAGAAGGAAUAUUCACUGGGGAAGAGAAACCGAAAGGCGUGGAAGCUACAGUAGACAUAAUCACCCAAGGAGUUGCUUCCAAAUUCGAAGUUCUUACUGACACAGGCUUGAGCGAUUUGCCAGAUGAAAAAGUCCAAGAGGCGAAACCACAUACAACUAUACUUCCUAUUGAAGCAGCUAUUGCCGAAGAGGUGCAGACCAGAGAAACAGAGGCACCGUUCAGCGAAAUAAAACCAUCUGACAAAAAAGCAAAUCUGGAAUUCGUCACUGGUGAAGGUUUAAUAGUUUCAGCAGUCACUACCCAGGAUAAAGAGAGUAUUUUACCAGAAGCUGUAAAACCAGAAACGAAAUCGGCUAGCUUCGAUAUUCCAACCCAUAUCGUCGCUCAAACUAGUGAGACGACCACGACUGACAACGUGGGCGAGUUUAAACACGAGGAAGCAGUUCCCGCGACAGCUACGGCUGACCAUAUUCCGUUCCGUAGCGUGAUUGCAUCAGAAACGGCUCCAGUCGAUUUAGAAAAGCCGAUGGAAGACUUCGUGCAGCCUGACAAGAAGAAUGUAGAUGUUACCUUCGAGGAGGAAAUAGGAGUGACAGUGACAGAAACGAUCGCGUCAGAUAAAGAGAAAGAGUAUUUCAAGAAGCUGGAGAUCCAAGGCGAACAGGCUACUCCUAGCUUCGACGCGCAUAAGGUUGCCCAGCUAAUGGAAAUUAAUCCGGCUGCGGUUUCUGGGGACUUGACUGUGCCCGUUCCAACGACGGGUGCUGCUAAAGAGGAACGAUUACCGUAUGAAAGUAUCGUUCAAACCGAAACUAUCGUCAGUGAAACUGAGAAGGAAUUCAAAGACAAACCUGCGAUUACGAACAAAGCAGAAAUUACCAUCAACGAAAUCAUCAGUGCUACUACCACUACUGAAAUACCAGCUGACAAGGAGGGUACGCUAAAAAUCCCUGAGAAACCGGGUGAGAAACAGGCCAGUGUUCAAUUCGCUGGUCAUAUUAUAGCUGAGAAAACAGAAAUAACCGUCGACGCCAGUGUUGGAGAGUUAGAGAAAGAUAAACCAGUAUCUGCGUCUGCUGUACCAUCUAGUGUACCACUGGAAGCUCUAAUCAGUUCGGAAACCCAGCCAACUGAAGCUGAAGGACUGUUCACUGAAGAUCAAGCGCCAUUAAAAGCUCUGGCUGACUUGUCUCUCGUAGAAGAACAAAGUAUUCAAGUGUCAGCUGUAGUUUUAGAAGAUAAAGAGGAUGAAUACAAAUCUAAGGAGCUACCAGAAAUGAAAACUGCUGGAAAGAGUUUGGUUUCCGGUCACGUAGUCGCAGAGACGACCAUGCAAGUUGUCGAUUUCAGUACCGGGGAACUGGUUGAAGAAAAACCAACUGGUGCCAUCGCGGUACCAGAACAUAUUCCAUUGAUACCACUGAUAGAAUCUCAAACUGUCGUACAGGAGAGCGAGGACAAAUUCGUACCAGGUCAACUACCAGAAAACAAGACCGCAAUCGUUGAUCUUGAAGAGGGUAGAAAAAUCGUAACAGUGUCCCAAGUAACACCGGCCGAUAAGGAAUCUUUAUACGUUUCUGAAGAACAGCCAUCGAAACAUGCUGCCUCCGUUGGUCUGGACACGACCCACGGAAUUGCUGAAACGACUACAGUAUCUGUGGAAGAUUCGGUAUCAGAAGUGAGGAUAGAAAAGCCGGAUACUAAGAAAGCUAUGUCGAGCCAGGAAGUACAUCAAAGCGUGGUUGUCACUCAGAAUAUCGUUCAAGACCAAGAGAAUAUAUUCGAAGGAAAGUUCAAGCCAACUGUACAGACAGUAGACGUGUCCAUCGAAGAAGGUAAACGUGUGACUACUGUCACCGAAGUCGGCGUAGCUGACAAAGAAGAAAUACUGAAGACCAUUCAAGAAGAAAAGACACGAUCUGCGGUACCAGCUAUUGUCUCCGGUCACGAAGUCGCUGAAAGGUCUGAGAUCAUACCACAACAAAGUACUGGGGAGGUGGACAUUGUAAAACCUGUCACAGCAACUGCACAAGUAGGUCAGAAACCGUUUGAAACAAUCGAAACGACAGAACAAGUCUUGGCAGAGAAGGAAGUAGACACAAUCAAAGAAUUAACCAUGCAAAAGACCAGUGCACGUGUAACUGUGGAUGAAAAUAGGUUCAUUGCUAUCACCGAAGCGACUACAACACAGGAUGUCGAAGCAGAAUUGUCAGCCAUGAAGAAGCCGCACGAAGAAGUGGCGAAACCAGCAAUGGAGGGCAAGGAAGUCGCUGAGCAGAUGGAAGUGAAUCUGAGAGAAGGGCUUGGAGAACUACCACAGGCUCCACGGCCUACCACGUUCGAGGCCCAUCCGACUCAAACCACUUUAGAAAGCGUCGACGUGAGGGAAACGGUACCGCAAGAACACAGCGCAACAUUCGAAGAGAAGAUGAAAUUAGAUGAGCACAGCGCAAAAGUCAGCUUCGUGGAAGGAAAGAGCGUAACCGUCUCCCACGUAAUUACUCAAGAUAAAGAAGACACCAUGAAGAUAAAGAAACAUGAAGAGAGCACGGCAGAAGUGACUCUAACGAAGGUUGGCAUGGACGUGGCGCAGAAGGCUCAGGUGUUCGUCGAACAGAGCACAGGAUCGGUUCAGCCAUUGGAGAAACACGAAGUGAAGGCACAUCCUAAACAAGAUGCUUUAGAACCGAUUAUCGUGGAAGAAACUCCAAGUGCUGAGAGCGAAGGAAUCUUUGACAAAUAUCCUAAAGCUGUUUCUUCGACGGCGGUACCGACGUUCGAGGAGGGUCAUGGAGUAUCUAUAACAGAAGUCACAUCUGCGGAGGCAGAAGCUGUAUUCAAAGAGAAGAAGUUGGAUGCUUCACAAACAGCCAGCAGUACUAUUAUCACCGAACGCAAUAUUAUUGAAACAACUACGAUCGAAUCUCAGGUGAAUAUUCCUGAUAAGGUUGAAGAGGCACCAAUCAAGCCUCAGGUGGCUGUUCCUGAACAAGAUACCUUCGAGAGUGUAAUUGUAAGCGAGAACAUAGUCGAGGAGAGUGAACGCACCUUCGAGGGCGUGUUCAAGCCACAAACGCAGAAAGCGGACGUCGAUAUCCAGAAAGUGACUUCCUUACAAGUUUCUGAAACCGUUACUGAGGAUAAGGAAAGCAUUUUCGAUGUGGUACCGAAACGGGAGGGAGUCAGGGCGACUCAGGACAUCAGCCUCCACGAAACAGUAGUUGGAUCCAUGGUGGAAAGCAUGCAGAGUACCCAGGAGAUCCACGAGGAAAAACGAGCAUCCUCUCAAGCAACAAUGACGCAGACUACGAUAGAAACAGCUGUCAAGAUGGAGACGACUCUGGGUGAAGUCGAGGACACGUUUGAGAAAGAGUUCAAACCCGAAACACAGAAAGGCAAGCCUCAAAUGGAGGGUCUCACCACUGUUACAGUCACAGAAGUUGUAUCGAAUGAAAUCGAAGACGUCUUGCCAGAGGUCGUGGCUCCUAAAGAGCAAACAGCUCAGCCUAGCUUGACCGGUAGAGAAGCUCCAGAAGUAACGCAAGUGGUCACGGCAGCAACUACUGAAGAAUUUGAAAAAAUAACUGAAUUAAAGGAACGACAAGGCAAAGUGGAAGUAGAAGAACUAUCUUCAGUAACAGUUUCCGAAGUCAUCUCUCACGAAACUGAAGAUGUACUCACUAGUAAAAUAAUGCCUAAAGAUCAGAAGGCUGACUUCAAUAUUCUGGGCCGUGAAGCUGCGGAAACGACUCAAGUAAUGACUAUGACCGGAACAGAAGACCUUACAUUGAAACGACCGGAAGAACAGAAAGGAAAACCAAAACUGGAUGAAUUAACUCCGCUUACAGUGUCUCACGUAGUUUCUGGCGAAGCUGAAGAGGCGUUACCAACUGCCGAGGUUCCAAAGGAAACGACUGCUCAACCAAGUUUGACUGGAAGAGACGUUGCAGAGACGACGCAGGUAUUAACAGUCGCGAGUGCUGAAGAGAUGCUGGCGCCAAAAGCGCCGGAGGAACAGAAAGGCAAACCGCAGGUGGAAGAAUUGGCGCCGUUGACCGUCUCGCAAGUCGUUUCGCAAGAAGCGGAAGGAGAAUUGCCUACACCGGAGGUUCCAGUCGAAAGGGAAGCUCAACCUAAUCUAAUUGGCAGAGACGUGGCUCAAACAAUGGAAGUUCUAACGAUGUCAAACGUGGACACGUUAGCUGAAGAUAAGAAACCAGGAGAACAAAAGGGAGUUCCUGGUUUAGAAGAAUUUGUUCCUCUCUCCGUCUCUCAAACAAUUUCAUCAGAAAUGGAGGAUGUGUUACCUACUGCCGAGGUACCUACAGAAAAGUUGGCUCAGCCGAGUCUGACUGGUCGUGACGUGGCUCAAACAAUGGAAGUUCUAACAAUGUCAAACGUGGACACGUUGGCUGAAGAUACAAAACCAGGAGAACAAAAGGGAAUUCCUGGUUUGGAGGAAUUCGUUCCUCUCUCCGUCUCUCAAACAAUUUCAUCAGAAAUGGAGGAUGUGUUACCUACUGCCGAGGUACCUACAGAAAAGUUGGCUCAGCCGAGUCUGACUGGUCGUGACGUGGCUCAAACAAUGGAAGUUCUAACAAUGUCAAACGUGGACACGUUGGCUGAAGAUACAAAACCAGGAGAACAAAAGGGAAUUCCUGGUUUGGAGGAAUUCGUUCCUCUCUCCGUCUCUCAAACAAUUUCAUCAGAAAUGGAGGACGUGUUACCUACUGCCGAGGCACCUACAGAGAAGUUGGCUCAGCCGAGUCUGACUGGCCGUGACGUGGCUCAAACAAUGGAAGUUCUAACGAUGUCAAACGUGGACAUGUUAGCCGAAGAUACGAAACCAGGAGAACAAAAGGGAGUUCCUGGUUUAGAAGAAUUCGUUCCUCUCUCCGUCUCUCAAACAAUUUCAUCAGAAAUGGAGGACGUGUUACCUAGUGCCGAGGUACCUACAGAGAAAUUGGCUCAGCCGAGUCUGACUGGCCGUGACGUGGCUCAAACAAUGGAAGUUCUAACAAUGUCAAACGUGGACACGUUAGCUGAAGAUAAGAAACCAGGAGAACAAAAGGGAGUUCCUGGUUUGGAAGAAUUCGUUCCUCUCUCCGUCUCUCAAACAAUUUCAUCAGAAAUGGAGGACGUGUUACCUACUGCCGAGGCACCUACAGAGAAGUUGGCUCAGCCUAGUCUGACUGGCCAUGACGUGGCGGAAACUAUGCAGGUAUUGACAAUGAUAAGCGCUGAGCUUUUGACAACUGCACUGGCACCGGAAGAACAGAGAGGAAAGCCUAACGUAGAGGAACUGACUUCCAUCACGGUUUCUCAGACAGUGUCACACGAAACUGAGGAGACCUUGGACAGCCCAGCUGCUCCGAGUACAGUCACUGCACAACCUGCGCUAUCUGGAAGAGAAGUUGCUGAAACUAGUCAAAUUUUAACUGUCACUAAUGUAGGGGAAUUAGAGAAACCCGUGCUACCUGAAGAACAAAGAGGGAAACCGCUGUUGGAUGAGUUGACAUCGAUAACAGUAUCUCAAGUGGUGUCCAGCGAACUAGAAGACACGUUGCCAUCGCCUGAAAAGCCGAGCGAGAAAAUCGCCGAACCGCAAAUGACUGGAAGAGAAGUGGCUGAAACUAGUCAAGUUUUAACUGUGACUAAUGUAGGAGAAUUAGAGAAACCUGUGCUACCUGAAGAACAGAAAGGGAAACCGCUAUUGGAUGAAUUGACGUCGAUAACAGUAUCUCAAGUGGUAUCCAGCGAACUGGAAGAUACGUUGCCAUCGCCUGAAAAGCCAAGCAAGAAAACCGCCGAACCGCAAAUGAUUGGAAGAGAAGUGGCUGAAACUAGUCAAGUUUUAACUGUGACUAAUGUAGGAGAAUUAGAGAAACCCGUGCUACCUGAAGAACAAAAAGGGAAACCGCUAUUGGAUGAAUUGACAUCAAUAACAGUAUCUCAAGUAGUGUCUAGCGAACUGGAAGACACGUUGCCAUCACCUGAAAAGCCGAGCGAGAAAACCGCCCAACCGCAAAUGAUUGGAAGAGAAGUGGCUGAGAAGACAGAAAUAUUAACAGUAACUAACGUCGGAGAAUUGCAAAAACCAGAACAACCAGAGGGUCAGAAAGGUAAACCGGAUGUAGAAGAGAUGAGCUUCAUCACGGUUUCAGAAGUGGUUUCCACUGAAGCAGAGACAGACCUACCAGCACCGGAAGCUCCUAAAAAACGCAGAGCUCUUCCACAGAUGGACAGCAUCGAAGUGGCAGAGACAUCCGAAGUGUUAACAAUGACCAGUGCUGAAGAGCUUCCAAAACCAAAAGCACCGGAAGAACAGAAAGGAAAACCUCAACUGGAAGAGUUGCUUUCCCUGUCGGUAUCAGAAAUUGCAUUUGGUGAGGUAGAAAAGGGUCUUCCAACUCCUGACGAGCCAACGAAGCAAACAGCUAUACCUAGUUUGAUGGGUAUCCAAGUAGCUCAGAAAACGCAGGUAGUUCCAUCAGCAGCUACUAGUGAAUUAGAAGAAACAGCGAAACCUGAUACAAAACAGAUAAUUCCUGAGCAAAUUCCAUUCGAAGGAAUUGAGCAAUUGCAACCGGUGACACAAGAAAGUGAAGGCACUUUCGUUGUUGAGAAAACAGCCAAAUCGGCCACGGCUGAGGUGUCCUUCCGGGUGUCAGAAAGCGUUGAAGUUACGCAAGUGACGACUACGGAACAGGAAUCGAAGGAGGUGAUCAAAGGCGUGGCCAAAGAGGUUUCAGCUCAGCCCGACGUGAUAAAACACGAGGUAGCUUUGAAAACUGAGGUGCAGCCUGAGGAUGCUGCGGCUGAGUUCAAGGUUACCAAGCCGGAGAGUAAGACGGCUAAAGGCGUCGAGGAGAUACAGCAAGGUGUGAUCGUAACCGAACAUCUAACCGCAGGCGAGAUUGAGUCAGAACUGCUAGAGUCUGUAAUACCUUUCGCGAAGUUAGCGAGCGUUUCUAUCGAGGCAGAACACCUGGAUCAUGUUGUGGAAACUACAGAAGUACCAGCGCAACAACAUCACAUCACAAUCACACAACACACAACAAAACACGAAUUGCCACAGCAACAAUCGGUUGAAUCAGACACAGAAGUAAUCGAGGAAUACACGACUAAGUUCAGGCGCGGUAGCACAGACGACGAGACCGCGGCCGUUAAAACAAAGAAAACGAUUAUACGCAAAAAGAAGCCUAAAACCGAGGCAGAGAAAGACAAUGUCGUCGUCAUUGAAGAGGAACUGGAAGACGUGAAAUCGCAAAUACCAUCGAUACCGAAGAAACAGUUCAUGCCUAUCGAGGAAGUUACAACAAUUGAAGACGUUGAAGAAAUAAUACCGAGUAGAAUUGAUGAAGCUGAAGAAGUAGUAGAUAAACAAGAUGAGAAAGUCGAAGUGGAAGUGGUUCAGGUUCAGGAUACAGAUAAAACUAAAAAGAUUAAGAAGAAAAUUAUACGUAAACGAGGAACAGCAGAAGAAGUGACUGAAGAAGUAAAGAUAGAAGAGGAAGAAAAGAAACCUGAAAGAAAGAUUAAGAAACCCGUGGAAGAGGAAGUGCCAGAGGAAGAAGCGAAACCGUUAAAACCUAUUGAAACAGAGCGCGUAACGCCAACCGUAGAACAAGUGGAAGAACAGGUUACGGUAACAGAGGAAACAACUAAAGAAGGGAAACCAAAAAAGACAACAAGGAAGAAGAUAAUUACAAGGAAAGGAAAAGAGCAACAGGUGAAAGAAGUAGUUACGAUUGAGGAGCAAGGAAAAGCACCAGUGACAAGCGUAACUGAAGGACCAGUUGAAGAAGUAGUAGAGGAAAUAGUGAAACGCUUACCAAAGCCAGAGUAUGCUAAACCCUCAGAAGUCGAAGAAGUCAGGGAACAAGUUACAGUGACACAGGAAGUGACUAGAUGGGGAAAACCUAAGAAAGUGACCAAGAAGAAAAUUAUUAAACGUAAAGGACAGAAGCAACAAGUGACUGAAGUUGUCACUGUUGAAGAAGAAGGAAAAGCACCAGUUACCACAGUUACUGAAGGGCCAGUAGAAGAGGUCGUAGAAGAACUUAUAACACCAUUAGUUGAAGAACAGGGCAAAGCUCCAGUCACAACAGUUACAGAAGGACCUGUCGAGGAGGUAGUAGAGGAGAUCAUCAAACCUCUGCCUACUCCAGAAAGUGUUAAACCCUCUGAGGUAGAAGAGGUCAGAGAGCAAGUGACAGUCACUGAAGUCGUUACUAAAGAAGGUAAACCUAGGAAAGUAACCAAGAAGAAAGUUAUUAAGCGAAAGGGUAAAGAACAGCAAGUGACAGAAGUAGUAACAGAGGAGGAGGAAGGUAAAGCGCCAGUAACAACCGUUAGCGAAGGACCUGUAGAAGAAGUGGUCGAAGAUGUUAUCAAACCAUUACCAGUACCCGAAUUUAUAACACCGUCCGAAGUUAAGGAAGUGCGAGAACAAGUGACAGUAACAGAAGAAAUAACUAAAUUGGGUAAACCUAAAAAGACCACGAGAAAGAAGAUUACAAGGCGCAAAGGUCAAGAACAGCAAGUGACUGAAGUUGUUACGGUUGAAGAGCAAGGGAAGGUGCCGGUAACAACUGUGACCGAAGGUCCUGUAGAAGAGGUGGUUGAUGAAACGAUUAAGCCCUUACCUGCGCCUGAAUAUGCUAAGCCAGGAGAGGUUGAAGAAGUUCGCGAACAAGUAACUGUUACUCAAGAGGUAACCAGAGAAGGUAAACCGAGAAAGACGGUUAAGAGAAAAGUUAUCAAACGUAAAGGUCAAGAACAAAAAGUGACAGAAAUAGUGACGGUUCAAGAGGAUGGAAAGGAGCCAGUGACAACGGUAACUGAAGGACCGGUAGAGGAAAUAGUAGAAGAAGCAGUAAAACCUGAAUUUAUGCAACCUUCAGAGAUAGAGGAAGUGCGUGAACAAGUUACAGUAACCGAAGACGUAAGUAGAGAGGGUAAACCUAAGAAAACAAUCAAGAAGAAGGUAAUUAAACGUAAAGGAAAGGAACAGCAAGUAACGGAAGUUGUCACUGUGGAAGAACAAGGUAAAGCUCCAGUUACUACUGUUUCCGAAGGACCUGUCGAAGAAGUCGUCGAUGAAACUAUUAAACCGUUACCAGCACCGGAAUACGCGACACCAGGCGAGGUUGAAGAAGUUCGUGAACAAGUUACAGUUACUCAAGAAAUUAGCAGGUUUGGUAAACCAAAGAAGACAACAAAAAAGAAGAUUACCAAACGUAGGGGUUCGGAACAACAAGUUACAGAAAUUGUGACAGUUGAAGAAGAAGGCAAGGCUCCAGUAACAACAGUUACAGAAGGGCCCACCGAGGAAGUGGUGGAGGAAGUUAUAAAACCAUUGCCUAUUCUGGAAAAAAUUAAACCCACCGAAGUUGAAGAAGUAAGAGAACAGGUGACUGUUACAGAAGAAGUAACGAGAGAAGGUAAACCAAGGAAGGUUACCAAAAAGAAAGUAAUCAAACGUAAAGGCAAGCAGCAACAGGUGACAGAAGUAGUUACUAUUGAGGAGCAAGGUAAAGCUCCUGUAACGACUGUAACUGAAGGACCAACGGAAGAAAUGGUAGAAGAAAUCAUAAAACCAUGGCCAAUACCAGAAUAUGCCAAACCAUCAGAAGUAGAGGAAGUUCGUGAGCAGGUGACUGUGACAGAGGAAGUAACUAAGUUAGGAAAGCCGAAGAAAACCACUAAGAAAAAGAUUAUUAAACGUAAAGGUACAACACAACAGGUAACAGAAGUUGUAACUGUAGAGGAACAAGGAAAGGCACCAGUGACGACUGUCACCGAGGGUCCGGUCGAAGAAGUUGUAGAAGAAUUCAUAACACCAUUACCUACACUCGAGAAAGUGAAGCCAACCAAAGUGGAGGAAGUCAGGGAACAAGUAACAGUUACUGAAGAGGUUACCAAAGAAGGCAAGCCUAAGAAAGUUACUAAGAAGAAAGUCAUUAAACGUAAAGGGAAUGAACAGCAGGUAACAGAAGUCACAACUGUAGAGGAACAAGGAAAAUCUCCAGUGACGACAGUCACUGAGGGUCCCAUUGAAGAAGUUGUGGAGGAAUUAGUGACACCAUUACCAAUUCCGAAGAGAAUUAAACCUAGCGAAGUUGAAGAGAUUCGAGAACAAGUAACUGUCACAGAAGAAGUGACUCGAGAAGGCAAGCCCAAGAAAGUGACCAAGAAAAAAGUAAUCACACGCAAAGGAAAAGUGCAACAAGUGUCUGAAGUAAUAACUGUUGAAGAACAGGGUAAAGCGCCUGUUACCACCGUUACUGAAGGUCCUACAGAAGAAAUAGUUGAGGAAAUGAUAAAAGCUUUACCUGCCCCGGAAUAUGCUAAACCAGGUGAAGAGGAAGAAGUCCAAGAGCAAGUGACAGUUACACAGGAAAUAACCAAAGAAGGUAAGCCUAAAAAGAUCACGAAAAAGAAAGUGAUCAAACGCAGAGGCUCAGAACAGAAGGUUACAGAAACAGUAAAAGUUGAAGAGGAAGGAAAAGCUCCAGUCACGACGGUGACUGAAGGACCAGUGGAAGAAGUAAUCGAGGAGACUAUAAAACCACUGCCCAAACCUGUGCGUAUCGAACCAACCGAAGUAGUGGAAGUAAGGGAACAAGUGACUGUAACUGAAGAAGUUACCAAAGAAGGUAGACCUAAAAAAGUAACUAAGAAGAAAGUCAUCAAACGCAAAGGUAAAGAGCAACAAGUAACAGAAGUCGUUACAGUUGAAGAAAAAGGAAAAGCACCAGUUACAACCGUCACAGAAGGUCCAUUAGAAGAAGUAGUUGAAGAAGUUUUAAAACCAUUGCCCUUGCCAGAAUAUGCUAAACCAUCAGAAGUGGAACAAAUUCGAGAGCAAGUUACAGUAACGCAGGAAAUUACAAGAGAAGGCAAGCCGAAGAAAAUAACUAGGAAGAAGGUGAUUAAACGUAAAGGAAGAAAACAACAGGUUACAGAAGUUGUUACUGUCGAAGAACAAGGUAAAAGGCCUGUUACGACGGUAACUGAAGGGCCAAUAGAAGAAUUGGUAGAAGAAAUAGUAAAACCAUUGCCAAUGAUAGAAUAUGUUAAGCCCACAGAAGUAGAGGAAAUUCGUGAGCAAGUGACUGUGACAGAGGAAAUAACUAAAUUAGGGAAACCUAAGAAAACCACCAAGAAAAAGAUUAUUAAACGUAAAGGCAAAGAACAGCAGGUAACGGAAGUAGUUACAGUGGAAGAAGACGGCAAAGCUCCAGUCACAACAGUUACAGAAGGGCCAGUAGAAGAAGUUGUUGAGGAAUUUGUGAAACCAUUCCCUACUCCAGAGAAACUAAAACCAAUUGCAGUAGAAGAAGUCAGAGAACAAGUGACGGUUACUCAAGAAAUUACUAGAGAAGGCAAGCCUAAAAAGGUGACGAAGAAAAAAGUGAUUAAACGUAAAGGCAAAGAACAACAGGUAACGGAAGUCGUAACAGUGGAAGAAGAAGGAAAGCGACCCGUUACAACUGUAACCGAAGGACCUGUCGAAGAAGUACUUGAAGAGACACUGAAACCUCUUCCAGCGCCUGAGUAUGCAAAACCAGGCGAUGUGGAGGAGGUGCGUGAACAGGUAACUGUCACUGAGGAAAUAACAAAGGAAGGGAAACCAAAGAAAACUAUUAAAAAGAAGAUCAUCAAACGUAAGGGCAAGGAACAGCAAGUAACUGAAGAAGUGACGGUUGAAGAGAAAGGUAAACGACCUGUUAAGACAGUAACUGAAGGACCUGUCGAAGAAAUUGUCGAAGAGACAAUAAAACCAUUGCCUGCGCCAGAGUUUGUUACACCAUCGGAAGUAGAGGAAGUUAGAGAACAAGUAACUGUCACAGAAGAAAUAACAAGAGAAGGGAAACCAAAGAAAACUACUAGAAAGAAGAUUAUCAAACGUAAAGGCAAAAAACAGCAGGUAACUGAGGAGGUGACAGUAGAAGAACAAGGCAAACGACCAGUUACAACAGUGACUGAAGGGCCAGUCGAAGAAGUUGUUGAGGAAAUAUUGAAACCACUGAUAGCACCUGAGUAUGCCAAACCUGGAGAUGUGGAAGAAGUACGGGAGCAGGUAACAGUCACUGAGGAAAUAACCAAAGAAGGGAAACCAAAGAAAACAACUAAAAAGAAGAUCAUCAAACGUAAGGGCAAGGAACAGCAAGUAACUGAAGAAGUGACGGUUGAAGAGAAAGGUAAACGACCUGUUAAGACAGUAACUGAAGGACCUGUCGAAGAAAUUGUCGAAGAGACAAUAAAACCAUUGCCUGCGCCAGAGUUUGUUACACCAUCGGAAGUAGAGGAAGUUAGAGAACAAGUAACUGUCACAGAAGAAAUAACAAGAGAAGGGAAACCAAAGAAAACUACUAAAAAGAAGAUUAUCAAACGUAAAGGCAAAAAACAGCAGGUGACUGAGGAGGUGACAGUAGAAGAACAAGGCAAACGGCCAGUUACAACAGUAACUGAAGGUCCAGUCGAAGAAGUUGUUGAGGAAAUAUUGAAACCACUGAUAGCACCUGAGUAUGCCAAACCUGGAGAGGUGGAAGAAGUACGGGAGCAGGUAACAGUCACGGAGGAAAUAACCAAAGAAGGGAAACCAAAGAAAACAACUAAAAAGAAGAUCAUCAAACGUAAGGGCAAGGAACAGCAAGUAACUGAAGAAGUGACGGUUGAAGAGAAAGGUAAACGACCUGUUAAGACAGUAACGGAAGGACCUGUCGAAGAAAUAGUCGAAGAAACCAUAAAACCAUUGCCUGCGCCAGAGUUUGUUACACCAUCGGAAGUAGAGGAAGUUAGAGAACAAGUAACUGUCACAGAAGAAAUAACAAGAGAAGGAAAACCAAAGAAAACUACUAGAAAGAAGAUUAUCAAACGUAAAGGCAAAAAGCAGCAGGUAACUGAGGAGGUAACAGUUGAAGAGCAAGGCAAACGACCAGUUACAACAGUAACCGAAGGACCUGUCGAAGAAGUUGUUGAAGAAAUAUUGAAACCACUGAUAGCACUUGAGUAUGCCAAACCUGGAGAGGUGGAAGAAGUACGGGAGCAGGUAACAGUCACGGAGGAAAUAACCAAAGAAGGGAAACCAAAGAAAACAACUAAAAAGAAGAUCAUCAAACGUAAGGGCAAGGAACAGCAAGUAACUGAAGAAGUGACGGUUGAAGAGAAAGGUAAACGACCUGUUAAGACAGUAACGGAAGGACCUGUCGAAGAAAUAGUCGAAGAAACCAUAAAACCAUUGCCUGCGCCAGAGUUUGUUACACCAUCGGAAGUAGAGGAAGUUAGAGAACAAGUAACUGUCACAGAAGAAAUAACAAGAGAAGGAAAACCAAAGAAAACUACUAGAAAGAAGAUUAUCAAACGUAAAGGCAAAAAGCAGCAGGUAACUGAGGAGGUAACAGUUGAAGAGCAAGGCAAACGACCAGUUACAACAGUAACCGAAGGACCUGUCGAAGAAGUUGUUGAAGAAAUAUUGAAACCACUGAUAGCACUUGAGUAUGCCAAACCUGGAGAGGUGGAAGAAGUACGGGAGCAGGUAACAGUCACGGAGGAAAUAACCAAAGAAGGGAAACCAAAGAAAACAACUAAAAAGAAGAUCAUCAAACGUAAGGGCAAGGAACAGCAAGUAACUGAAGAAGUGACGGUUGAAGAGAAAGGUAAACGACCUGUUAAGACAGUAACGGAAGGACCUGUCGAAGAAAUAGUCGAAGAAACAAUAAAACCAUUGCCUGCGCCAGAGUUUGUUACACCAUCGGAAGUAGAGGAAGUUAGAGAACAAGUAACUGUCACAGAAGAAAUAACAAGAGAAGGAAAACCAAAGAAAACUACUAGAAAGAAGAUUAUCAAACGUAAAGGCAAAAAACAGCAGGUAACUGAGGAGGUGACAGUAGAAGAACAAGGCAAACGACCAGUUACAACAGUGACUGAAGGGCCAGUCGAAGAAGUUGUUGAGGAAAUAUUGAAACCACUGAUAGCACCUGAGUAUGCCAAACCUGGAGAGGUGGAAGAAGUACGGGAGCAGGUAACAGUCACGGAGGAAAUAACCACAGAAGGGAAACCAAAGAAAACUACUAAAAAGAAAAUCAUCAAACGCAAAGGCAAAAAGCAGCAGGUAACUGAGGAGGUGACAGUCGAAGAACCAGGCAAACGACCUGUUAAAACAGUAACUGAAGGACCUGUUGAAGAAAUAGUUGAAGAGAUAAUAAAACCCUUGCCUGCUCUAGAAUACGUUGAACCGUCUGAAGUAGAAGGUGUUCGAGAAGAAGUAACUGUCACGGAAGAAAUAACCAAGGAGGGUAAACCAAAGAAAACUAUCAAGAAGAAGAUCAUCAGACGUAAGGGCAAAGAACAGCAAGUAACGGAAGAGGUAACAGUUGAAGAGCAAGGCAAACGACCUGUGAAAACAAUAACUGAAGGCCCAGUUGAAGAAGUUGUUGAGGAAAUAUUGAAGCCACUCAUACCAUCUGAGUAUGCCAAACCAGGAGAGGUGGAAGAAGUACGUGAGCAAGUAACUGUCACAGAAGAAGUAACGAAAGAGGGUAAGCCUAAAAAGGUUACCAAAAAGAAAGUCACCAAACGUAAAGGAAAAGAACAGCAAGUGACUGAAGUUGUCACAAUCGAGGAACAUGGGAAGGCUCCUGUUACAACUAUAACUGAAGGUCCCACGGAAGAAUUAGUGGAAGAAGUAAUAAAACCAUUGCCAGAAACUUCACCAGAAGCAAUCAAGCCAUCUGAAGUAGAAGAAAUUCGUGAGCAGGUGACAGUAACGGAAGAAAUAACUAGAGAAGGUAAACCGAAGAAGAUUACGAAGAAGAAAGUUAUAAAACGUAAAGGUAGAGAUCAGCAAGUAUCAGAAAUCGUUACUGUCGAAGAGCAAGGAAAAGCUCCUGUUACAACUAUCACUGAAGCUCCGAUAGAAGAGAUACUUGAAGAAACAGUAAAAGCUUUGCCUACUCCCGAAUAUGCCAAACCAGGCGAUGAGGAAGAGGUACGGGAACAAGUCACUGUCACCCAAGAAGUCACUAAAGAAGGUAAACCAAAGAAAACUACUAAGAAGAAAGUCAUUAAACGCAAGGGUGACCAGCAACAAGUAACUGAAGUGGUCACUGUUGAAGAACAAGAUAAAGUCCCCGUAACAACUGUUACUGAAGGUCCUGUAGAGGAAAUUAUCGAAGAAGCAUUGCAACCUCUGCCUGCGCCUGAAGUUAUUGGUCCAUCCGAAGGGGAAGAAAUAAGGGCACAGGUGACGAUCACAGAAGAAGUCGUCAAGGAGGGCAAACCAAAGAAAGUCACCAAAGUAAAAGUAAUUAAACGAAAGGGAAGAGAGCAACAAGUGUCCGAGACUGUAACAGUUGAAGAAGAGGGUAAAGCUCCAGUCACGACCGUGACUGAAGGUCCUAAGGAAGAAAUAGUUGAGGAGACGAUAAAAACUCUACCUGUACCAGAAUAUGCUAAACCAGACGAAGUAGAAGAAGUGCGCGAACAAGUCACUGUCACACAGGAAGUAAGCAAAGAAGGUAAACCGAAGAAGGUUACGAAAAAGAAAGUUAUCAAGCGCAAAGGUCCAGAACAGAAGGUCACAGAGACGGUAACAGUUGAGGAGGAAGGAAAGGCACCGGUCACGACGGUGACCGAAGGACCAGUGGAGGAAGUAGUCGAAGAAAUGGUCCAAGCAUUGCCUACUCCGAUACGCAGGAAACCGUCUGAGGUUGAAGAAGUACGUGCACAAGUAACCGUCACAGAAGAAAUUACUAAAGAAGGUAAACCCAAGAAGGUUACCAAAAAGAAAAUCAUUAAACGUAAAGAAAAGGAACAACAAGUGAGUGAGAUCGUUACUGUGGAAGAACUAGGUAAGGCACCAGUCACGACUGUCACCGAAGGACCCACAGAAGAAAUUCUUGAAGAAACACUAAAAGCCUUGCCAGCUCCGAAAUAUGCCAAACCGUCAGAAGUCGAAGAAGUUCGCGAACAAGUCACAGUUACUCAAGAAACAACCGAAGAAGGUAAACCGAAGAAAACAACUAAGAAAAAGGUGGUCAAACGUAAAGGAAAACAACAGCAGGUGACAGAAGUCGUCACAGUUGAGGAACCAGGAAAAACACCGGUUACAAGUGUUACCGAGGGUCCUGUUGAAGAGAUAGUAGAAGAUAUAGUGAAACCACUUGUUAUGCCUGAAUUUGUUAAACCAACUGAGGUAGAGGAGGUUCGCGAACAAGUAACUGUCACUGAGGAAGUAACCAAAGAAGGAAAACCAAAGAAAAUUACAAAGAAGAAAGUUGUCAAACGCAAGGGAAAAGAGCAACAAGUAUCCGAAAUUAUGACUGUCGAAGAAGCAGGAAAGGCUCCUGUUACCACAGUCACUGAAGGUCCCACGGAAGAAAUACUUGAAGAAACACUAAAAGCUUUACCUACUCCAAAGUACGGAAAACCAGACGAAGUGGAGGAAGUUCGUGAACAAGUUACUGUUACUCAGGAAACAACUGAUGAAGGUAAACCUAAGAAAGUUACUAAGAAGAAGGUUGUAAAGCGUAAAGGUAAACAGCAGCAAGUCACAGAAGCUGUUACUGUCGAAGAACAAGACAAAGCUCCCGUCACAACUGUCACUGAGAGUCCUAUGGAAGAAAUUGUGGAAGAAAGUGUAAAAACACUGCCCGUCCCAAAACCGAUCGAGCCAAAGGAGGAUGAAACACCUGAGGAAGAGGUUGUCACAAAAGAAGGUAAACCAAAGAAAAUUGUGAAGAAGAAAAUUCCUAAGAAAGUGCCGGGUAAAGAGGAGGAGAAACCCGAAGUUCCUGAACUUCAGGAAGUUCCAGUCGAAGAAGCUAAAAAGCCUAAGCCUAAACUCAAACGCAUGCGCUCCACAGUUAUGAAAUUCGAAUCUACGAAACUUGAAGUACACGAAAUAUCUACGGACAAACCUCUUUUUGCUCAAAUCAAAUUGCGCAAGACUCCAACAGUGAAACGACCGGUAGAGAAGAAAGAGAAGCUUCAUCGAGUUCUUUUACGAAGUCGAAUCAUUCCAGUCGCAUGGCCUUCACCGAUAAAAUAUUUGAAGAUCGAGGAGUUGGAACCAAACGAAGUGCAAAACGGCAUUUUGUCACGCAACGUGGAAGAAGCUGCAACUUUGCCCAAACCCAAGAAGAAGAAGGUAAAGCGUUUAGAAAAGGAAAUAGCUAAAUUGGAAAAGUUGGAUCAAGAAUUCGAGGAGUUGAAAAAGGAAUUACCGUUGGAGAAACUUGAAGAACCUGUGAUAGAGAAACCGGAAAAGAAAGUGAAAAAGAAAAAGAAACCUGUUGAAGAAGUUAAAGAAGGUGUAAAGUUGCAAUUGAUGAAGAUCACGAUCAAAGAACAAAAACCGAUCAAGCCGAAGAUCGACGAACCAGCUACUCCUCUGUUUGCUCAGAUUAAAUUGAGAAAAGCUCCGAUCAAGCCAAAAAAGAAAGGCGAGAAAGAAGAGAAAUUCCCGAAGAUUCUGCUGCGCAGUCGUAUCGUAGAACAUGAAUGGCCACCUUCGAUAAAGUAUCCAGUUAUAACUGUCCUCGAGCCCAAUUAUGUACAGACUGGUAUAUUGUCUCGUACGAUGGAAGAAGCAUUGAAGAUCAAGAAGAUCAAACACAAAAAGAUGAAAUUACCAGAAAAAGAAAUAACAGAAUUGGAAAAACUAGACCAAGAAUUUGAAGAAUUGAAGAAAGUUCCGUUAGAAAAAGUGGAGGAAAUGGCUCCAUACGAACGUAAGUCAAAACCGAAAGAACCUGAGGAGGAGAAACCGAAGAAGUUGAAGAUAGGCAAAGGAAAGAUACGUCCAGCAGAAGAACAAGAACCUGAAACUGUAAAAUUGAAGAAAAUACCAGAGAAAGUGCCAAGUGUUCCGGAAGAAGAGGCUAAAGUUCCAAAGAAAAAAGAUGAAGUAGAUAAACCUAAGAAGGAAAAAGAGGAGAAAGAAUAUCCUGAAUUGAAACCAUUCGAACCUUAUGACAUAGAUCGUCCUGAGGUCGAAUUAGAAGAAAUGGAAAAACCAGAGUAUCCUGAACCAGAAAAAGAAGAACCUGAUAAGAUACCAGGCAAGAGGAUAAAAAAGAAGCCUAAGAAGCCAGCUCAAGAAACCGAAGCUAUUCCGAUAGUACCUGGUGUUCCGAAACCGAAGGAACCUGAAGAGGAAGAAGAAAUCAAGAGAAGAAUUCCUGAGAGAGAAGCUCCACCAGAGGAGCCGGAGAAGAUCAAACUGAAACCUUGGAAGAAACCCAAGGAGGAAAAAGAAGAAGAAAAGAAGCCUGAGGAUUAUUUGAAAUUUGUUCCCAAUGACGAUGACAUUGUCGAGAUUGUAGAGAUCGUUACUGUCGUUGAAGAGAUACCUGAAAAGAAACCGCGAAAGAUAAAAAAGAAAAAGACCACGACGAAACGUGGCGAAAAACCGACUGUCGUUGAAGAGACAGUCAUAGAGGAAGAAGGCGAAUUGCCUAUAGUAACGGUCGAUGAAAUAGUCGUGGAAAAGCCUGUUGAAGAAAUUAGGGAAGAGAUUGUAACGAGCGAAAUCGUGACCGAGGAAGGAACGAAGAGAACAGUGCGCAAGAGGCGCGUGAGCAGGAAACGCGAAGGUAAAGAACGGGUCAUCGAAGAGGUGACCGUCGAAGAGGAAGGUAAAGAACCAUUAACAGCAACAACAGAACCCUACGAAGACACUACACCAGAAAUACACGAAAAACCAAAACACAAAAGACCGAAAAAACCAAAAGCUGACGAGAAAGUGACGGAAGAUGUCACGGAGGAAGUGGUCCAAAAGGUCGAGGAAGUCAAAAAGAAGGUUACAAAGAAGAGGAAACCGAUCACAGCUGAGGACGAAGUAACGGAGGAAGUCGUGGAAGAGAUAAUAACGGAGAUACCGGAAGAGCAUGAAGCUCGACCGUUAGUAGAAGAGGAAGAGACCGUUACGAUUACUGAGCAAGAAGUACGCAAAGCACCGAAGAAGAAGAAGAAGGAAGUGGUCAUCAAAGAAGAGGAGGAGAUCUUCGAGACUAUCGAGACUCCAACGCAGAAGAUCAUCAGGAAAAAGAGACGUCCUAUGAAGAAGGGUGAAGGAGAAGAAAUCGUGGUAGAGGAAAUAAUUGAAAAACCACGUCAAGAGACCAUAGAGAUGGAGGAACAACAAAUAGUAGAAAUCGUCGAGACGCCGACCAAAAAGGUUGUCAAGAAGAAGAAGGAGAUAGUGAAAGAUGACGGUGUUCCUGAGGAAAUCGUAGAAGAGAUCAUUAUCGAAAAGCCGCAGAAAGAAAAGGCGAAACCAAUUGUGGAAGAAGAAAAGGAAACGGUGAAAGUAACGAAGGUUGAAUCGAAGAAAGCACCAAAGAAACCAGAAGAGGAAAUAGUCGAGGAAGAAGAAGUAAUUGAAACUAUUGAAACUCCGACGACGAAGAUCAUUAGAAAGAAACCGAAAGAUAAGAAAGGUAAAAUAGUGGAAGAAGUAAUACAGAAAACCAUAGAGGAGGCACAGGCUAUGGAGGAGCAAGAAAUCGUAGAAAUUGUUGAGACACCGACGAAGAAGAUAAUUAAGAAGAGGAAGGCAUCGAUCAAGGAAGGCAAAGCGCCUGAGGAGGAAGUAGAAGAAAUAGUGAUCGAGAAACCUAUUAAAGAGAAAGCGAAGAAAGCAAUUGUGCCAAAGGAAGGAGUAGAAGUCACAGAAAUUAUUACUGAAACCUCUGUCGAAAAAUUACCAGACGAGAAAGUUAAACCAGAGGAAGCUAAAGAGAAGCCGUCAGAAAUCACGAAAGAAAAAGUGGAAGUUACACAGGUAGAAGUGAAGAAAGCACCGAAGAAGAAGAAGAAGCCAGUUACAGCAAUUGAAGCAGAAGAGAAAGAAGAGGUUGUUGAGGAAAUAAAACCUGAACUCCCGAAGACGGAAAAAGCGGAACCGAUUGUUACAGAGGAGGAAGGCGUUGAAGUAACAGAAGUAGUUACUGAAGUGACUACCGAAAAGCUUCCUGAGGAGGUAAAACCGAAGAAGAAGAAAGUUACCGAGGUUAAAGAAAAGGAGGAGAAGGUAACAACGAAGAAAGUGAAAGUGAAGGAGGCUCCGAAAGAAGGCGUACCUGAAGAAGAAGAACAGCCAGAAGAGAAAGUCGAAGAACUUAUCACGGAGAAGCCCAAGAAAAUCAAAGCAAAGAAAGAAGUUACGCCUCAGGAUGGUGUCAUAACUACGGAAGUGGUUCCUACAACUGCAGAGGAAGAGUUACAGAUAGAAAAGCCAGAGGAAGACAAGGCAGUAAUAACAGAGGAGAAAGAAGAAAGGGCUAAGGUAGAGGAAAAGAAGGUGACCGUGAAGAAGGCUAUGAAAAAGAAAUUAACACCAAAGGAAACUGAAGAGGAGCAAGUAGAGGAAAUUGUAGAGGAAAUUACACCAGAAGAACCAAAGAAAAGAAAGGCUAAGAAAACGAUUCUUCCCAAGGAGGAGUUACAAACAACAGAGGUAGUUCCUGAAGUCGCAACAGAAGAGAUAAAAGAAAAGAAACCGAAGGAAGAGAAAGCUGUUCCGAAAGAGGAAGAAAAAGUGGAAGAAGAAGCGAGAGUUACGGAGGUUUCUGUGAAAAAGGUACCUAAAAAGAAAAAGAAGGAAGACAUUGUGACCAAUGGGGAAAUAAUUGAAGACAAACCAAAAGUGGAAGAAAUUCCUGAAGAAAAACUUGAGGUGAAGGAAGAGGUAGAGAAAGAAAAGCCGGAAGAAGAAAAACCAAAAGCAAAGAAACCGAAGGUAGAGAAACCGUUAGAGGAAAAACCAACAGAAGAGAAACCACUAGAGGAAAAACCGAAAGAAGAAAAACCAGUAGAGGAAAAACCGAAAGAAGAAAAACCAAUAGAGGAAAAACCGAAGGAAGAAAAACCAGUAGAGGAAAAACCGAAAGAGAAGCCAAAGAAGAAGAAACCUGUGGAGAAAAAGCCUGCCGUUACAGAAGAGGAGCAACCGGAAGAAAAGGUGGAGGAAAUCGUAGAGGAGAAGCCGAAGAAGGUCAAGGCUGAGAAAGAAAUUAUUCCAAAGGAAACUGUAGAAACUACUGAAGUAAUUCCGGAGGCAGUCACUGAAGAAUUGCCAACAAAGAAACCCAAGGAACGCAAAGUAGUUCCAACUGAAGAAAAGCCUGAAGAGAAAAUUAAAAUUACCGAGGUUCCUGUAGAAGAGAAAAAGGAGGAAGUGCCGGAAGAAAUACCAACCGAAGAAGUUCCGGAGAAGCCUAAAGAAACGAAAGUUGUGAAAAAGAAAAAGAAGAAGGUAGCCAAGAAAGAUGAGAUCGAAGAAUGGGUAGAACCAGAGUACGAACGACCUGUACUCGAACCUAUGCCGGAGAAGAUUCAAUGGGAACCAAAGAAGAAGAAAGAAAAGAAGCCUUUGCCGGAAUCCCUGCAGAAACUAGUUCCUCAAAAGAUCGAGAGAAAAGAGAUCAAACCUACAAAACUGAAAUAUUCAGAGCCUACGGAAACAGUUCAAUUCGCUUCGAUCAAACUGAAAAAAGUGUCAGUCCCGAAAAAGAAGAGCGUGGGCGAGGUGAAAAUCCCAAAAAUCAUGUUACGAAGCAGAAUGACAUUCAUCGAUGAUUAUCCCCCUGAAUUACAAAUUCCAGAGAUAACUGAGCUCGAAGAAAAUCCAGUUCAAGCAGGUAUCCUGUCCAGAAACACGGAAGAAGCUCUGGAAGUUCUCAAGAGGAAGGUGAAAAAGGUUAAGCUUCCUAAGAAAGAAAUCACAGAGUUAGAAAAGUUAGAUCUAGAAUUUGAAGAACUGAAGAAAGUUCCGCUUGAGAAGGCUGAGGAAAUGGCGCCGUACGAGCGUAAGCCGAAAAAGCCAGCAGAGAAACCGAAAGAACCACAAAAGGUGGUCGUAGGAAAAGGUAAGGUGCCGGAGGAAGAAAAGGUAGAACCUGAAAAAGUCAAACUGAAGAAAAUUCCUGAAAAGAAACCGGAAGAAGUUGAGGAACCAUUAAAGAAACCGGUGAAAAAGGAACCCGAAAAGGAAGUUAAACCGGAGAAGAAAGAGAAACCAAAAAUGAAAUUAGAACACGACGAAUUCAAACCUUUAGACUUCGAGCGACCAGAAUUGGAAAAAUAUGAACCGGAAGAAUUCCCGAAACCUGAAGAGCCAGCACCGGAACCAGUUCCAAAGCCAUACGAAAGGGAGGAGAAGAAGAAGCCGGAUCAAGAAAUAGAACAAGUUCCAAUAAUAAAGGGUGUACCAAAACCACCAGAAAAAGAAGAAGAACCAGAAGUUAAGUUCAGGAUACCGCAGAAAGAGAAACCGGAAGAGGAACCAGAAACAAUAACACUGAAACCGUGGAAGAAAGAGAAACCGGAGGAUGAAGGCGUUAAAGAAUUACCAAAGAAGGAAGAGGAAGAAGCUCCCAAAGUACCUAAAGAGGAGACUGAAGAAGUCACCGUGAAGCGAAAAGCCAAACCAAAGAAACCCAAAGAGAAGGCUCCUAAGGAGGAGGAAGUCACGUUGAAGAAGCCUGAAGAGAAAAAGCCAGAUGAGGUUCCUGAGGUAAUCGAAGAAAUUACGCUAAAGAAGGAACCAGAGAAACCGGUCGAGGAAGCUCCAGCUGAAGUUACUAUUAAGAAACCAGUUAUUGAAGAGAAGGAAGUGGAAGAAGAGGAAAUCACAACAGAAGUCACGAUGAAAAAGAAACCAAAGAAACCAGAAGAAAUUGUGGAGGAAGCAGUGGUAAAGAAGCCGAAGAAAAAGAAGCCUGUGAAAGAAGAGGAAGCUGUCGAAAUUACGAUCAAGAAGGAAGAAGAGAAGGAAGAGGUUGAAGAGGUUAAAGAAGAAGUUGUUAUAAAGAAAAAACCAGAAGAGAAACCUGCUCCUGAAGAAGUAACUGAAGAAGUUACUUUAAAGAAACCAGAAGAGAAACCCGAAGAGGUAGUUGAGGAAAUAAAGAAACCAAAGAAAAAGAAGGCAGUGAAAGAGGAAGCUGCUGAAGAAAUUACCAUCAAGAAGCCUGUUGUGGAAGAGAAGAAAGAAGAAGAAGUGCCGGAGCAGGUAACGUUGAAGAAAAAGAAACCGAAGGAGAAACCUGUGCCGGAAGAAGUGAAGGAGGAGAUCACGUUAAAGAAACCAGUGCCAGAAGAAGAAGAGAAGGUACCUGAAGAGGUCACCGAGCAAAUAGAGAUCAAGAAACCGGUAGAAAAGAAACCUGUUGAAGAAAUAGCUGCCGAUGAAGUCACUAUUAAGAAACCAGUGCCUGUUGAGGAGGAGAAAGAGGAAAUCGUAGAGAAAAUAACACUGAAAAAGAAAAAACCGAAAGAGAAGCCUGUAGAAGAAGUAACGGAGGAGGUUACUUUGAAGCCGGUACCAAAGGAGAAAGAAAAAGCACCGGAAGAAGUAACCGAGAAGGUUGAAGUUAAGAAACCGAAAAAGAAGAAGCCGGUAGAGGAAGAAGUUGCCGAGGAAAUUACUAUCAAGAAACCAGUGCCUGUUGAAGAGGUGGAAGAGGAGAUUGUGGAGGAAAUAACACUGAAGAAGAAAAAGCCAAAGGAGAAACCAGUUCCAGAAGAAGUGACUGAAGAAGUCACUCUAAAGCCAGUACCACCUAAAGUAGAGGAAAAGGCACCGGAAGAAGUAACUGAAAAGGUUGAAGUUAAGAAACCGAAAAAGAAGAAGCCGGUAGAGGAAGAAGUUGCCGAGGAAAUUACUAUCAAGAAACCAGUGCCUGUUGAAGAGGUGGAAGAGGAGAUUGUAGAGGAAAUAACACUGAAGAAGAAAAAGCCAAAGGAGAAACCAGUUCCAGAAGAAGUAACUGAAGAAGUAACUCUAAAGCCAAUACCACCUAAAGAAGAGGAAAAAGCUCCGGAGGAAGUAACCGAAAAGGUUGAAGUAAAGAAACCAAAAAAGAAGAAGCCUGUAACGGAGGAAGCUGCCGACGAGGUAACAAUCAAGAAACCUGUGCCUGUAGAAAAGGAAGAGGAAGAAAUAAUAGAGGAAGUUACUCUCAAGAAAAAGAAACCAGAAGAGAAACAUGUCCCCGAAGAAGUAACUGAGGAAGUAACUCUGAAGCCAGUACCUAAAGAAGAGGAAAAGGCACCGGAAGAAGUAACCGAGAAGGUUGAAGUUAAGAAACCGAAAAAGAAGAAACCGGUAGAGGAAGAAGUUGCCGAGGAAAUUACUAUCAAGAAACCAGUGCCUAUUGAGAAAGAGGAAGAGGAAAUUGUAGAAGAAAUAACAUUAAAAAAGAAAAAGCCAAAAGAGAAACCAGUUCCAGAGGAAGUAUCCGAAGAAGUUACGCUGAAGAAGCCAGUACCAAAAGAGAAGGAAAAAGCUCCGGAGGAAGUAACCGAGAAGGUUGAAGUAAAGAAACCGAAAAAGAAAAAGCCGGUUGAGGAAGAGGCUGCCGACGAAAUAACCAUUAAGAAAGUAGUAGUUGAAGAAAAGCCAGAGGAAGAGGCUCCUGAAGAAGUCACUCUGAAACCGAAGAAGAAGAAAUCAAUUCCAAAAGAAGAAGCAGAAACCGAGGUGACUCUCACAAAACCGAAACCAGUCGAAGAGGAAAAGGCUCCGGAGGAAAUAACGGAAAAGGUUGAAGUUAAGAAACCGAAAAAGAAGAAGCCAGUGGUUGAAGAAGAAGCUGCCGAAAUAACUGUUAAGAAACCAGUUCCUGUGGAAGAGGAGGCGCCCGAGGAAUUUACCAUCAAAAAGAAGAAAAAACCGGAAAGGAAACCGUCUGUCACGGAAGAAGUCGAAGAAACUGCCGUUACUAUAAAGAAAGCUCGUGCUCCUGAAAAGCCAACUGAGGAAGAGGAAGUGACAACAGAAGUACAGUUAAAGAAAAAGAAGCCGGUUCCGAAAGUCACGGAAGAGGCAGCCGAAGAACUGACUAUCAAGAAAGUAGAGGAAAUCGAACAGCCUGAGGAAGAAGAGAUCCACGAGUUUACGUUCAAACGAAAACCUCCGAAGCUACCUCCCAAACCUAUCGAGGAAAUCUACGAGGAUGUUACUCUUCGCAAGUUGCGUCCAAAGAAAAAGAAGCCAGACAUCAAGGAGGUGACGGAAGUAGAGAACGUGACGUUCCGACCACGGUCCACAAAAACCAAAGAGGAUGUGGAACAGGAAUUCAAGAUUUCGUUGAACACCUACGAGGAGGAGGACAUCUCCAUGUCCGGUAAAGUUCGUUUGAAACCAAAGAAGAAACCGAUGACAUACUCCGAAGAAGCAGGAGAAGAGACAAUCAGGAUUAUGCAGGAGGUCGAAGACGAUUCUGGUCCAAUUAUAGAAGAGAUCAUAGAAUCAGAUGAAGAAGGCGGAGAUGAAUACAUGAUCGAGGAAUUGGAGACAGACGAGAUGAGGCUGCCACUGAAGAGAAGGAGGAAGAAGGAACGCAAGCCUUAUAAGGUGGAAGACGUCGAGGAGGGUGACGUAAGGUUGAAACUGAAACAUGAAAGGAAAUAUUCAAUUGAAGAAGCCGACGAGACGUUAGCGCUGAAGCUGAAGGGCAGAAGACGCGUAUCCACCUAUGAAGAAGAAGAGGCCUCGCUUAGUAUCACCAGGGAAGAAGAUAUUUCAGAGGGAGAAGAAAUUGAGUAUGUAAUUCGCGAUGGCGACACGAUGUUCUCGAUUUGUUCGUACGUGGCAGAAACCGACGAGGCCAUCAACCUCGUUGAAGGAGAAAGAGUUUACAUAAUCGAUCAUUCGAACCAGGACUGGUGGUUCGUAAAGAAACACUUGACAGAAGAGAAGGGUUGGGUCCCAGCGCAAUACCUUCUUAAUGAAGUACAUUACACUCUCUACCUGCAGCGCAAAUUGCAUGAGAAGAUCGAUAAAUUACCUGUCUUCGAAAAACCAGUACCCGGUGAGGAAACAUCAGCACCGAAAUUCAUUGAGAAAUUGCAGCCGAUUCACACGCCAGAUGGUUACACGGUCCAAUUCGAGUGCCAAGUGGAGGGUCUACCGAGACCUCAAAUUACGUGGUUCCGACAGACAGCCAUCAUCAAGCCGUCCCCCGACUUCCAGAUGUACUACGACGACGAUAACGUUGCUACAUUGAUCAUUAGGGAAGUAUUCCCUGAAGAUGCUGGCACCUUCACCUGCGUCGCUAAGAAUACCGCAGGCUUCGCUUCCAGUACCACAGAAUUGACAGUAGAAGCACCUCUUUCUGACCACGGAUCGGACGUCACUGGUCCAUCCAGAAAGAGUCUCUCACGAGAAUCAUCCCUCGCCGACAUUCUGGAGGGAAUACCACCGACAUUCUCGCGCAAACCGAAAGCGAAGUACGUGAACGAAGGUGAAGACGUAAUACUGGAAUGCCGUUUGGUGGCAGUGCCCGAACCGGAGAUAACGUGGUACUACAAGGACACGCAAAUCACUAACAAAGAGAACAUCGCCGUAGCUACUGAGAGUGAUAUGCACAUGUACUGCAGCGUGAUUAAGAUAACUAAAGUUCAGAAGAAACAGGAAGGGAAAUACACGAUCGUUGCUAGGAAUAGAGAAGGGGAAGCUACCAUCGAGAUUCCUAUGAAGGUGAAGACAGGCAAAUCCGAGCCACCAGAGAUUUUGGAACCUCUGCAAUCAUACGUUGUGAGAGAAGGCGAAACUGUGGUACUGUCAGCACAAAUUGUCGGCCACCCGGCACCUAAAGUAACGUGGUACAAAAAUGGUAAACCAUUGAAGACCUUAACACCGAAACAAGACGGCCACGUAAACACGCUCACGCUGAUUCAACCGAAAGUGACGGACUCUGGAGAAUACUCUGUGGUGGCUACCAACGAUCUCGGCACAGCCGAAACAAAAGCCACAUUAACAGUUGAAAAAAUACCAAGUGGAGCUCCGGAACCGCCACUUUUCACGGAACGAUUCCAAGGGCUCACUGUUCCGGAGAAAGGUACCUUCAAAUUGGUGGCCAAAGUUACUGGGAAUCCUGUGCCAGAAGUCACGUGGCUAAGGAAUAACAAGCCCUUAGAAAAAUCGCCUAAUAUCACUGAAAGCUACGAUGGCGAGAACAUAGCGUUGGAAAUCAGAAACGCGGAUUCGGAAGUAGACUCAGGCGAUUACAAGUGUAUCGCCAGUAAUCCUGUUGGAAAAACAUCUCACGGUGCCAAAGUCACAGUGGACGUCGAGAAAGUAACAUUCACGAAGACACUGCCGAAGGAAGUUGUCAUCGACGAAUUCAAGACUUUAGAAUUGACUUGUGAAACAUCCCACACUGUGUCCACGAAAUGGUGGCACAACGACAAGGAAAUCAGUGGAAUGGACCAUCGGGAGAUCGUGCAAGAUGGACAUGUGCACAAGUUGAUCAUCAAGCGAACGAGUUCCAAGGACGAAGGAACUUACGAGUGCACUGUAAAGAAUCAGUCGACGUCGAGCAAAGUUACAGUCAAAGCCACCAAGCCAGAGUUCGUCAAAGAGUUACAAGACUGCGAAGUGAAAGAGCGCGAAAUCGCCAUUCUGGAAGUCGAAAUCACAUCGGAAACGGCUGAUGUUAAGUGGUUCAAGGACGGCGAGCCUUUGGGACCGGGUAAAGAGAAAUUAGAAUUUGUGAAAGAUGGCACCGUCAGGAAAUUGCUGAUCAGAAGUACGUCGGUUCACGAUGAAGGAGAAUACACGUGCAGUCUCGCCGACCAAAAAUGUACUGCUGAAGUCACCGUUAUUGAAUUGCCACCGGAAAUAAUCUCGAAGAUGCAAGAUGUGACAAUAGCGAGAGGCGAGAGAGCGACGUUCGACAUAGAAUUAACAAAAGGAGACGCAAAGGUCCGAUGGUUCAAAGACGGGCAAGAGGUACAGUUCUCCGAACACGUUCGAUUAUCGAUCGAUGGCAAAAAACAGAAGCUGAAGAUCUACGAUACGGAACCGGAAGACGCGGGUGUCUACUCCUGCGAAGUUGGCAAACAAAAAUCAUCGGCUAAAUUAACGGUUGAAGAACCUGGAGUAGAUUUCAUUACCAAGUUACCAGAUGUGACUCUUGUACCGAUGAACGCGGACGCUGUUUUCAUUAUUGAAUUAUCACGCAACGUUCCAGUCACAUGGUUGAGAAAAACGGAAGUUAUCAAGGAGUCACCGAAAUACACUAUUAUUGAUGAGGGCACCGUGAAGAAGCUUAUAGUGAAGAAGUGUACCACUGAAGAUAUUUCAGAAUACACAGCUGUCGUAACGAACGUGAAAACAUCAUCGAAAUUGAGAGUCGAAGUUGUUGAAACGGCGCCGAAGAUCAGCCCGGAGACACCGAAAAAAUACAAAGUAAGAAAAGGCGAGGACGUUGAAAUUAUCGUGAAAUUCACCGCGGCACCAAAACCAGACGAUGAAUGGACAGUAAACGGUCGCGUGGUUACAAAAUCGAAACGAGUGGUGCCGUCGAUCGACGAGGAAUCCGCGGUUCUAAACAUCUACCAGAUUGAAGAGGACGACGUUGGCGAUUAUACUUUGAAACUGGUGAAUAACGUUGGAGAAGCUAGCAUAGAGAUCAACGUCGUUAUCGUCCAGGUACCAAGUGCUCCUGGAGCACCAGAACCACUAGAGAUAACUAAUGAUAGUGUGACGCUUCACUGGAAGAAACCUGAUUCAGAUGGAAAUUCACCUAUCGUUGAGUACAUCCUAGAACAACAAGAAAAGACUGAAACUACGUGGACCAAAAUUACGGAAACGAUAACAGAAACUACUCAUAAUGUAACAAAAUUAACCACAAACAGAGAGUACGUUUUCCGUGUAACGGCUGUAAAUGAAGCUGGACCGGGUGAAACUUCGCCAACUUCUCCAACCAUAAAAAUAUCUAAACCAUCGGCUGCAGAACCACCAGUUGUACUGGAACCACUGAAAAGUGUCAUUGUUGGCCUUGACGAAACCGUCACCCUAUCUUGCGUUAUUAGAGGGACACCGUUGCCUGAGAUUACAUGGUUGAGAAAUGGUGAAACGUUUGAAGACAGCAGUAUCACGUACGAGAAUCGUGUGGCGAAAUACACAAUCACAAAAACUACAGAAACGUCAUCGGCAACGUUUACAGUAAAAGCAAAGAAUAAUGUAGGAACAGCAGAAACCACGUGCGAAUUGAAGGUGCAAGAGGCGCCAAAAAUCAGCUACGACGAGACCCUGGCUAGUCAGACUCUCCCGGUAAACGAGCAAUGGAAAAUCGAGAUUCGAACGAGCGGCUUCCCGAAACCGGAAGUAACGUGGUCAAAGAACAACAGGAGUAUAGUCGACAAACGUGUAUCGAUUCGCACGGAAGAGAAUACCUCUACCAUCUCUAUUUCCUCACUUAUCAGAGAAGACACUGCCACUUACACCGCGAAGGCAGCGAAUCAGACUGGCAGUGCUUCGGUUGACCUACACCUCAAAGUGAUCGACAAACCUAGCAAACCGGAGGGACCAGUUGUCUUCAAGGAGAUCAGACAGGAUCGUGUCACCAUCGAAUGGAAACCACCUAUUGACGAUGGUGGAAUCGAACUCGAGAAAUACACAAUUGAGAAAUGGGAACCAGGCAAAGCUUGGACGAAGGUGGUCGAUAUCGAUAAGGAAGUGGAGAGCUUCUGCGUGCACAAAUUGCAACAGAAUGCAGAAUACAAAUUCAGAAUCAUCGCCAAGAACACCGUUGGACCGUCGGAACCAUUGGAAUCGGAAACGGUCAAAAUGAGAACUUCCUUCGAACCGCCGGGACCACCGAGAGGACCGCUAGAAGUGUCAGGAAUGACGAAGACAUCGUUCACGAUAAACUGGCAGCCUCCGGAGAACGAUGGUGGAACACCGAUAACAGAAUACAUCAUCGAGAUGAAGGAGGAAUCGAAGAAGGCUUGGCAAAAGAUCGGCAGCACGAAGCACGAAACGACACACUUCAGCGUGUCGGAUUUGAAAACGGAUGUGCCGUAUAACUUUAGGAUAACGGCGAAAAACAGCGCUGGCACUGGACCUCCUUACGUUGCUGAAGAACCGAUUUCCCCUGGCAGGCGAAUCAAAAUAACAAAACUCGACGAAAGAACCAUGUAUGCUCUGCUGGGUAUAUUCCCACCAACUGCAAUAAUUAUCAGCAAGACACCACCGUCAAGUCCACAACAUGUACAAGUAACACAUGUGACCAGCAAGAGUGCAACUCUUAGUUGGUCUCCACCAGUCAGCAAUGGUGGCACAGAGCUUACAGGAUACGUAAUUGAGAAGAGGCCACUGAUUGGAAAGGGCGCGAGAUGGACGAAAGUGGCUACGCUGGAGCCUACUCAACUUCAAUAUUGUAUAGAAAACUUAAAGGAAAGCGAAUUCAUCUUCCGAGUGUUUGCAGAAAACAACAUGGGACUCAGUUUACCUACGAACUCUGAACCAGUCACCUUAAUGACGCAUGCCACCGUGCCGUCACCACCGACUGCGCCAUUGGAGAUCAGACAAAUCGCAGCGAACACGGUUGUAAUAUCGUGGGGAAGGCCUGAAACCGAUGGUGGUGCGCCAUUGGAGGCCUACAAGAUUGCUAUCAAGGACGCAAAGAAGACUAUGUGGAUGGAAGUUGGCAGAGUGAACGCCGACGUACAGAAGCUGAACAUCAGGGAUCUACAGGAGAACCACAUGUACUUGAUCAGGAUCUACGCUAGGAAUGAAGUUGGCUUUAGCGAGCCUUUGGAAUCAGAUGAACCGGUUAAGAUCGUACCAGUUUCCGAAUUGGCAGUAGUGGAGCCGAUCGCUGAAGUCACCGAGAAAGGCGAAACCGCAUCGGUGAGCUUCAGCACAGAGAACACGAGUUCAUGGCUUCGAGAUCAUAACAUGGAUGCCGACAUUCAUACAUACGCGAGAGCAAGACUCCUCAGACAAGACGAAUACUUCUUCCGCAUUUGGCACUAUGCCAAGAAACUCUUCAAAGAAUAAGCAUUUCUACGAUUUAACCUGGAGACAAACGAUGAAACGGAUUUACAUCCGUAUUCCCAUCGAGGAUCAGAAAGACUUAACGAGAGACAGUAAAAGACACCCUUGACACUACCUUCGUUUAAACAAGUUUCAAUACUUUGUUCACAGAAUAUUUUGACAACGUGUAAAUGAUUAUUUUCUUGUUCCACAUUUGAAACGGUCUCUGAUAUUUACUUGAUCUCUCACGUGAAUUAACAAAAGAUUAACGACACUGUCGUUUUGUUCCUCUGUUAGAUACACAGCAUACUUGUAUAGCGACUAGAUUUUACCGAAGGAUCGCUAUUGGAUGGGUGUAUAAUCUAGUCAGUGUAGAGUAAUCUAUUUUUUUUUCUUCUUUUAACGGACCAACACUUCCUCGUGCAUGUUUGAAAUCGCAUACUCAAGCGAAGAAGUUAUACUUAUCUAUUUUUCAAAACGAUUACUGUACUUUAUUAAUCAUGUUACUGGAAAUUCGAGUCGAUGGAGUAGUUUAGGGAGUUAAGGAAUCUUAUCAGUAAUCUUUACGACAAUUUUUUUUUCUGACUAUGAAAGCAUUUGAGAUUUAGUAAUAACGUGAAAUAUCGUUAAAUACUGUCGUAAAGAUUCUGUGUAACGUUCCUCCGUUCCCGGAAUAAUUAAAUUGCUGAGGAAGAGACGCUCAAUGAUUAUUUGUAAUUUAAUUACAAUUAACGAUCGCUCGAACUUCCAGUCACACGUUUGAGUACAUUGAUAUGCUCUACGAAGGAAUCGUUCUUACUUCCACAAGACGCUAUUUUCGGUACAAAGAAAGCUAUUAUCAAGUUUUCUCGACGAAAGAAAUUCUAAAACCCCCGAGACACUCAGAUCGUCGGAGAAUGUGAUAAACGAUCGGAACCGAUCGAGUACCUUGUAUAAAAUGAGUUGAUUUAGAGUCGUUUAAGGAAAUACGAAUACCCCCUCAUCCUAAUAUCCAUGUAUUACCCUUAUCACCCGAAUCCUUUGUAUUUAUAUAGAAACGCGAGCGGAAAGCGAUAUUCACUUACUCACCCGAGUUUGCGAGGAUUACGUUUAGUAUUUAUUCGUAUAAUGUAUAAUAUUAUAUUUAAUUAUUAUUACUCGUUACCAUUACCGUUGUAAUUAUAAUAAUUAUUAUUGUUCGUAAUGGUCGGCGUCGUUGCCGGCGUUCAUGCGACUGGUUAAUCAAACUACAAACGAGACGAAGACAUGCCACCCGCGGUUGGUGUCGCGAGACGUAACAAAAUAUAGGUGCAAGAACAACAACAACAUUCACCAACCACGUGUCGCAUGCUUCGCGUUUUACUCUAAGACAUUUUGCGAAAUAAAAAUUGUUGCAAAUA